AUCAGCCCUGAGUGCUCACUGGAAGGACAGAUCGUGAAGCUGCAGUACUUUGGCCACCUCAUGAGAAGACCCUGGAAAGACCCUGAUGCUGGGAAAGAUUGAGGGCACAAGGAGAAGGGGACGACAGAGGACGAGAUGGUUGGACAGUGUUCUUGAAGCUACGAACAUGAGUUUGACCAAACUGCGGGAGGCAGUGGGAGACUAAACAACAAGGUCUGGCACUACCAUCUGUCAGGGAUUCUUUAGCUGCGUUGCCUGCAUUGAAGGCGGUUCGACUUCCUUCCAACUCUCCAAUUCUAUGAUCCUAUGAACAAAUUCCUAAGCAAACAAAACGAGAAAAAGCGUGUUGCGCUGCAGGCAAAAUUAGAUUGCUUAGCAAAUGAAGCAAGGAAUAAAAGUUGCCAGCGUCGAUUUCUGACGCUGAGGACAACACCAAAAAAGGCUUUCCCUUUUCCGAGGCAAGGCGGCUGGUGGUGCUCAAAAGCAUCCCAGCAGCGUGAAAACCUGACAGCCAUUCCCGGGGGCGCAGUUGCCGCCUCCCCGCCUUGGCUCUGCGCUCGGGCGCGCAGCAUGUGAUUCCGGGCCGGCCGGAGCCAGGGGAGGGGCUGCCGGGGCGGCCUCUUCCUUCUCCCGCUUAGCCCUGCCCGCGCCGGGGCGGGGAGGCUGCCUGAAUCACGGGCAUCAUGUGCCCGAUGCCCGGGCUCCAGCGGGGCAUUUAAAUGCCAGCGGGCGCCGGGCCCGGAGCAGCGCCAGCUUCCGCCACCAUCUCCGCCGCCGGCCCGAAGCAGACGCCCGGCCUGAUCCAUCUCGCCCGGAGAGAGACGAUUGCGCGCUCCUCGACCGGGUCCUGCUUCGCGUCCGUCGCCGCGCUGUGCGCCCUCGCCGAGACCGCUCGCCAUGAGAGCCAUCCCCGCGCCCGGGAUCCGCUUCCUGCGCUCCUUCUCCAGGGACAGCUGGUAAGAAAGGGCAAUCCGGGCCUCGCCUUGCCGGGCUGGCUGCUGCUUGGGGCGCCCUCGGGGCCGGCGCCGCGCCGCGCCGCGCCUAAGCUCGGUUUGGAGAGGUCGCCUGUCGGCGCUGGCGAGGGCGCUUUCCCUGAUUCUCUCUCGCCUCCCUCCAUUGGCUCAGCGACGGAGGGUGGAGAAAGAGAAGGCUUUAUUUUGCAGCUGGGGUGACAACCCCCCCCCCCCGCUGCAUGGGUUUGGGAAUCUGGCUUUAGGCUUGGAAUCGAGCCGGCCUGGAGAGGGGGGAAGAGUGUUUGCUGCAUCCUCCUCCUGAUUCAAGGGUUUGGUUUUUGCUUUCUUUCUUUUCUUUUUCCUUUGUGUGUGUGUGGCGGCGGUGGUGGUUUAUCUCUAACUGGUGGGAAAAAGAGCACGCUGACUCAGAGAAACAAAGCCCAGCUGUGUGUAGAGAAAUGCCGCAGAGAGGCUUCUGGCUGGCUGCAGCUCAGCGGCGCGCAGCACGUGCCCUGCAUGCAAAAAGGCUUCAGGGUUCAGCGCCAGCAUCUCCAGGUAGCGUUGGAAAGGACAGGCGGUGCAGACAAUAGCGAGCGAGAUGGGGCCUGGCUGGGUUCAUUUGCAGACACACAAGCCUCUCUUUUCCCUCAAAAGAAUUCUGGGUGCUGCUGUUUACCCCUCACAGAGUGGCAAUGCACGGGCAGAUCCUGGCGAUAAGGUUUACCUGUCUGUUUUUACUGUAUUUUGUUCCUUCCAGAAUUUGAACAGCUCUGCAUUAAGUGUGUGUGUAGAGAGAGAGAGAGAGAGAACACAGUGUAAGAAAAUAGAAUAUAACGUUAAGAACAUUAUGUUAAGAACAUGAAACUGGCAGGAAUUAAAAACUGCAGGAAUAAAAUGGACUAAUAACUUGGGGCGGUUUGAGGGGAAAGAAGUGUUUUCAACCAACAGCAAAAACAUAAUGUUGAGGCUUGCAUUCUUUCUAGAAAAAGAAUUUUGGAGAACUGGUGCCACAGUGCUGAAAGCAAGGUUGCAGUGCACUUGGUGGCACAUUUAUUUGUUCUGUAAAGUGGGCUGCUAAAGUGGAUGAGUUACAGCCUCUAAGGCUCACCUGCCUCACAAGGUGGUUGGAAGAAGGAACAUCCUGUAUGCUGCCUUGAGCUCCCUGGGGUAUAAAUAAAUAUAAAUGAUUUGUGGGCAGAGAGAUAGGAAACCUGUGGCCCCCCAGAUGUUGCUGGACUAUAACUCCCAUCAUCCCUGACCAAUGGCUAUGCAGGGAUGGGAGUUGUAGUCUAACAAAUCCCAGGUACCUCAGCAUGUUAGACUGGCUUUUGUAGGAAAGAUCUACUAUCAAGAUACUAAAAUCUGGAAGACUUCUGCACGAGGGUUUUCCAUUUGCAAUCCAAAUGGGAUUUCCAUUCUUCUGCAACAUUUUUCCAGAUAUUCCUCCACAGGAAUUUUUCUAAAGUAGAUGCAAAACGUAGCCUUGGAACCAGCCCAGAGUUGUGACAUAGUUAAUCUUGGAAGCAUUUAGAUUCACAAUCCUAAAUUAUUCUUAAAACUGAGCCUUAAAACUGAGCGGUAUGCUGCUGUUACGCCAUCCAGUCACACUUCAAAGUUAUCAUUUUGCAGAUUGGUCCUUGUUGUAUCAGCUUCUUGCUGGUUUCAGAAGUACUUUGUCAAAGCCUCUCAUUGCUAGUUUAUAUAGAGUACCCAGGGCUUGCAUUUUCACUUUUUCGUAAUUUAUUUUCCGUAUUUAUAGAUGGCCUUUUGAGGUUCCCCCUAUCACGGUAGCUCCCAGCAUGUUAAAAACAAUCGAAGUAAUAAAAACAUAACAAUAAAAAAACACAUCAACAAACCUAACAAUCCUCAAAGCAAUAUUAUAAAAAACAAUUAUCAGUAGACUCAAAUAAUACAAGUGUAAAAGCAAACAGAAAAAAUUGGGAAGAGAAAAAUACCAACAUAAAAAUGAAUUUAAAGCAGUUUGGGUUUUUUUUAAAAAAAAUCUUAAGCAGGGAGUUCCAUGGGCAUGGGGCAAUCACGAAAAAGGCCCUGUCUUCUGUGGCAGCCAUUAUAAUGCUUCUUGAUGUCAAACCAACAAACAGGGCCUCAGAGGCUAAGCCUAAGACUCGGGCAGGUUUAUACAAAUAGUCCUUCAAGUAUUUUAAGGCAGGGUAGGGGAACCUGCGGUUGUCCUGAUGUUGUUGGACUACAACUCACUUUCAUCACCAACCACUGGUAAUGCUGACUGGGGCUAAUGGAAGUUAAGAGUCCAGCCACAUCUGGAGAGCCACAGGUUCUCUGUUCCUGGUUUAGAGCUUUGAACCAUCACCACUUUAAGUUGGGCCCAGAACUGAAGGAGCUGAUGCAAAGUAAACUUUGCCUGCUGUGCUUGAAUCAGCUACAUUUUAUCUCAUUCACGCAGGUGUUGAAAGGAAAAUAAGUUCAGGCUGAUUGCAUGGGGCUGGAAGAGGCUCUUGUGUUUACCUGGCUUCACUUAAUCUUAAGAGGAUAUCACAUCACCUGCAAGAGACUAUCUAAAUCUCAGUUUAAUUACUCCAACCGCAGGGGUUAUACUGCCUUUCUUGGGAAGCAGUUGCAGACAUUUCCUAGCAGAAAUUACACUUCGAUCUUUUGAGGUCCAAUUGCUACACUGUGUGACCCACAUGAUUCAGUUUUCAGUCGUGUGUUUGCAACACUGAAUAGUUCCACCCCCACAUGUUUCUGUAUGCCAUUGUUCAGUAAUCAGGUCAUCUCACUGCAGCGCCGUCUUACAAAAUGAAUAGAAUAAGCUUCCAAUGAAUAUACACAAGCAGAACACUUUGGGACUAGGCAAGGCAUUUUGCAUCCUUUUGGGUUUUUGCUUUUUUGUAAGUACCGUACGUAGCUUUCUUCUAAUUUCUACGUGGAUAUUCAUUUCUUGAUGCUUGCAGGGUCAAAGCAGUAACUUGCAUUUGUGAACGAAUCUCUGCAGGUGAAACACACUCGACUCCAUCCAUUCCAUACUAGACACUGUUUUUCUGUGGGGGGGGGGGUUGCACGCUAAUCUGCAAGAGAGCAAGUUGUGCUUGUGUUGCUUUCGAAUGCUAGUCCCCAGUUGGGGUGGCCCUGUGCCUUACUUACAGAGGAUAGUCCUUUACAUUUAUCUGAAGGGCUGUUAGAGGGAAGUCCUCUAUUUGAAUUGUCAUCAGGUCCUCAUCUGGUUUGCGGGUGGCGCUGUGUGUUAAACAACAGAGCCUAGGACUUGCCGAUCAGAAGGUCGGCGGUUCGAAUCCCUGCAACAGAGUGAGCUCCCGUUGCUCAGUCCCUGCUCCUGCCAACCUAGCAGUUUGAAAGCACGUCAAAGUGCAAGUAGAUAAAUAGGUACCACUCCGACGGGAAGGUAAACAGCGUUUCUGUGUGCGCUGCUCUGGUUCGCCAGAAGCGGCUUAGUCAUGCUGGCCACAUGACCCAGAAGCUGUAUGCCGGCUCCCUCGGCCAAUAAAGCGAGAUGAGCGUCGCAACCCCAGAGUCGGUCACAACUGGACCUAAUGGUCAGGGGUCCCUUUACCUUUAUCUCAUCUGGUUUAAAGAUAACACAUCACAAGGAGGACGGGCCCUUUAAAUUGCUUAUCCACAACCAGCAGCUGGACACCAGACUGAGCAGACACAUGGAUCACCUAAUCCCAGCCUCCCCUGCUUUUUGAUUCAGAUUAUUCCUCUCUAAAUUUGCAUCUAUAUGUAUACAUUAGCACGUGGAAAUCAGUGCCCUCUUUCCCCUCUUGUUCAGCAAUGUAAAAGCAGCCGCCCAUGCCCUGAAUUAUUCUUGUGGUUGAUUCCAGCAGUCUUCAUGAUAGUCAAGAAUAUAAGAAGAGCUUGUUGGGUCAGGCCAGUGACCCAUCUAAUCUGGCAUCCUUUCCUCAUAGUGGCUAGUGAGGGGAUGCAGGUGGCACUGUGAUCUAAACCACUGAGCCUCUUGGGCUUGUUGAUCGGAAGGUCGGCGGUUCAAAUCCCCCCCGAUGGAGUGAGUGCCUAUUGCUCAUCCCCCACCAACACUAAAUGAUUCUUUCUUUUAAAAAGGUAGAAACAAUCAAGUUAAGAGGGAGUAUCAGUCAAAGACUCCCUUCAGUAAAUCAUUCUUUGCUGCCUUUGCAAAAGUAAAGCUAUUCCAAAUCUUGGGUGCUUCCCCCGCCAUGGUUCUGGCAGCAGAAAAUCUUUCGCAGGGCCUCCGAUGGCAAGUGAAAUUGCCAAUCAAGCUUAUGUGAAGGAAGGCAACUCUUGAGAAGAAAAGGAAAAAAAUGCAAUUCAAGCAAAAAUUCUAGAGGGAAGUAAGAAAAACAAAAACAAAAUCCUGAAGAUUUGAGGGUAAACCAUAUACAGCACGGGUCUGCCCUUGUGGCUCGCUGGAAGUUGAAACUGCUUCGCAUGUACUAUUACAUUGUCGUCUUUAUGAGGAUAUACGUUUGACUUUUAGUACACCUGUUUUGCAAAAGUCCAGGAAAGAAUCGGAACACCAUAGUUUAAAACUACUGCUAGAGGACAAGAAUCCCAAGACUACAUUAAAUGUAGCCAAAUUCUGUGCGUCCGCAAUUAAUCGCAGGAAGCAAGUGGUACCCCAUAAUGACCAAACCCCCAAAUGUUAAUUACAGGGGGCACGCUAAUAAUUAAUUUUAAUUUUUUAUAUUUAAGUCCUUGUUAUAUUCAUAUUGUCCUCUGUAUUUCUGAAUUUAUUUUUUUUUUAUGAUCUGUGAUAUUGUGUGUGUUGACGCUAGUCUGUGACCGUAUUAAUAAAUUCAUUCAUUCAUUCAUUCAAUCCUGAAGAAGACAACUAAAACAAAACUUUACAAGCUAGGCCAAAGGCAUAUUCAAGUAAAAAAUGUCAGAAGAGGCCUCUUGCAUCAGACGAAAAGCCCAUUUAGCUCAUGAUACUGUUUUCUAUAGUGGCCAACCAGACAUUUAUACAAACCCUAGGGGCAGGACAUGAGAGCAAUAGCUCUGCCCUGCUAGUGCUCCCCGGCAGCUGAGGGCAGUAGCCAAGAAAAGGAGUUCAGCUAGUGCAAGGACUUUUGUCUCUGCAGCAAGACUUCCCUUCCCCAUCCCCUGCACCCCUUAAAUCUGUUCUGGGGUUACCCCCUACCCCUCUGGAGCAGAGCAGAUUUGGAGAUGGUGUGCAGAGAGGAAGGAUAGAGAGAGAGAGAGGAAGUUCCAUUCUCCACCAUGCCAGUGGGAAUCCUUCUGCUAAGGGAAGUACUUGGAAGUAUGCGGGUGGCGCUGUGGUCGAAACCUCUGAGCCUCUUGGGCUUGCCGAUCAGAACAUCGGCGGUUUGAAUCCCCAGGACGGGGCGAGCUCCCGUUGCUUUGUCCCAGCUCCUGCCAACCUAGCAGUUCGAAAGCAUGCCAGUGCAAGUAGAUAAAUAGAUACCACUGCAACAGGAAGGUAAAUGGUGCUUCUGUGCGCUCUGGUUUCUGUCAUGGUGUUCUAUUGUGCCGGAAGUGGUUUAGUCCUGCUGGCCACAUGACCUGGAAAGCUGUCUGUGGACAAACGCCAGCUCCCUCGGCAUGAAAGCGAGAUGAGCGCCACAACCCCAUAGUCACCUUUGACUGGAUCUAACCAUCCAGGGGUCCUUGACCUUGGAUUCUACUGUGGUUAUUCAGAAGCAUGGUUUAUGCCCCAGUCCUGGAAAGAGCACAUUGCCAUCAUGCCCAGUAGCCACUGUUUGCUUUAUUCUGAUGUCUAAAGGCAGACGGGCAGAGAACUAACAAACACAGAAUUCCACAAAGUCCAAAUGCAUUAUUAGCACAUGCACGCAACCACACACGUUCCUCCCCCCAGGUAAUGAAGAUCAUCUUGCAGAUGUUUUCUGCCAUGACCUCUUCCUUGCCAAGCAGCGCUUUCCAAGACUUUGUUUCCUUCUGGCAUUCUUUGCCUGUACACAUUGCGGCCGGCCGCUCUCUUCCUUGUCUGCCACUCCUUCGUUUCGGAAUCCUUUAAAGUGAUUUGUUAGGACAUCCUCCGGAUGACCAGUUGGUUCAUUUUAAAGCGGUGGUGGUGGGAUUCAGAUCCAGGGACCGAGGGCAGCCUUCAGGGCAAAGCCUUCAUUGCAUCCCCAAUGCGUUGGCCUGGCUGGAAUGUGUCCUUAACCCCCCAUAUUGCCUCUUGCUCUUCACGGAGGACAGGGAGGUUGUGUGUGUGUGUGUAAACUACACUACUGCACAAAGGUAAAAAUAUACAUGCAUUGGUCUGCCCACAUUUGCCUCCAGCUCCUCCUGCCAUUGCCCUUUGGCCCUUGGACUGAAAUAACAUUUCUCAUCUCUGUUUUGAAGCAGCUGGAUAAAGGCUCAGAUAGGCAAUGGUUGCUCAGAGUUGGGUUCACCACCAGAGGAUUUCUCCAAUUGUACAUGAGAAAUAAAGAACUUACUUUAAUGCGGAGGAAUGAAAUGGACCAGUAGCUUUGGUGACCGACUAAAGGUAAAGGUAAAGGGACCCCUGACCGUAAGGUCCAGUCGCAGACGAUUCUGGGGUUGCGGUGCUCAUCUCGCUUAUUGGCUGAGGGAGCCGGCGUACAGCUUCUGGGUCAUGUGGCCAGCAUGACUAAGCCGCUUCUGGCGAACCAGAGCAGUGCACAGAAACGCUGUUUACCUUCCCGCCGGAGUGGUACCUAUUUAUCUACUUGCACUGUGUGCUUUUGAACUGCUAGGUUGGCAGGAGCAGGGACUGAGCAACGGGAGGUCACCCCGUCGCAGGGAUUUGAACCACCGACCUUCUGAUUGGCAAGUCCUAGGCUCUGUGGUUUAACCCACAGCGCCACCCGAGUCCCUUGGUGACCGACUAGCCUGGCUCUAUUUCUCUUCUGUUUGUCAUGUAUGACCACCUUUGCUUUCCCCAGUCCAGAUCGUCUCAAUUAUCCUGGGCUUUGGCUCCUUGGAGACCUGACCUGCUUUGCAUCUUCCCAUUAACCUACUGCUCUAAUUAGAGGGAGGGAAGCCUUGAGUGUGACGCAGUUAGCUUGGUUGCUUAAGGGCCCACUCAUCUGCCUAAUUAUGAGUCUAAUUAUGCCACUACCUAUAAGGAAGCAGGCACAAUAGAGGACAGGCCUCCUUCCUUUUAGCAGCUGGGUACACAAGAGGUUUCGUUUUGUACAGGAGAGGGUUUGUGGCUUGGUAGGUGCAACCUGUCAUCCGGGGAUGACUUUAAAAGGCACCUGCUCACAGCAGACCUGUUCACUCAAGGUCCUAAGAACAUUGUGCCUAAACUAGACGUGAUGUUGGGGUCGGUCCAUCAUUAGAUCUGCAGUGGCUUCUCUUUUCUUUAAAAGCAACCUCCGGGACUUGGGAGAGGUGGCAUUGGAUUUGGGGAUUUGCUGCUAGAGGAGGGGAGAUUAACUCUCCCUGUGAUAGUCCUCACUUUGAUUUCCUCCUCCUCUGAAGGUCGUAUUAGCUGUGGAGGACAAAAAGGCAGCUAUCCAGAUUGUACCUGGGUUGUUGUUUUACAAACAAGCAAACAAACCCCAUACUGUGGCUCACAGCAGCUUGGGGAAAGUGUUUCUGUUAGGAAAACUUACUUAUUUUGUUUGCUUAAACCAGGGGUGGUGUAGUGGUUAAGAGCGGUGGACUCGUAAUCUGGGGAACCGGGUUUGCAUCCCCGCUCCUCCACAUGCAGCUGCUGGGUGACCUUGGGCCAGUCACACUUCUCUGAAGUCUCUCAGCCUCACUCGCCUCACAGAGUGUUUGUUGUGGGGGAGGAAGGGAAAGGAGAAUGUUAGCCGCUUUGAGACUCCUUAAAGGUAAAGGGUAAAGGGACCCCUGACCGUUAGGUCCAGUCUCGGAUGACUCUGGGGUUGCGGCGCUCAUCUUGCUUUACUGGCCGAGGGAGCCGGCGUACAGCUUCCGGGUCAUGUGGCCAGCAUGACUAAGCCACUUCUGGCGAACCAGAGUAGCACACAGAAACAUUGCUUAUCUUCCCACCGGAGCGGUACCUAUUUAUCUACUUGCACUUUGACGAGCUUUCGAACUGCUAGGUUGGCAGGAGCAGGGACCGAGCAACGGGAGCUCACCCUAUCGCGGGGAUUUGAACUGCCGACCUUCUGAUUGGCAAGCCCUAGGCUCUGUGUUUUAACCCACAGCGCCACCCACGUCCCUUUUUUGAGACUCCUCAGGGUAGCGAUAAAGUGGGAUAUCAAAUCCAAAUUCUUCUUCUUCUUCUUCUUCUGCCCUCCAGGCUGCAGCUCCCAUCAUCCCUGACUACUGACCACCUUGUUGGCUGGGGCUGAUGCAAGUUCCCUGACAUCUGGAGGUCUGCAGGCCAUUUAGAUAGGUUACCAUUAAAAUGUGAACUAAAUCAGAUUUCCCCCCCACCCCUGCCUGUAACUCAGUGUCUGACGAAGCCGUUUCCAUAGAUGGCGCCUCACUGAAUCACAGGCUUCCAAAGAAAUAAUCAUAGCUGGAUAAGUUUCCAUGUUCAUACUGAAGCUGGGCUCUUGAUGAGUCGCAAUCAAGAAGCAUUGGGGGCGGGGUGGAAUUAUGUUAUGCAUCAUGAUUUUUGCAAAUAAUGCUGGAGGAGAAGAGGAAUAUUUUGUGAGUGCAGAAGUGAGCUGAGGGCAGGGUGGAUAAAAAUCAAGGAUUUUUUUAAAAAAUAAAAAAUCAUAUUUUUUAUUUAAAUCAGAUUUUUUAAUUUAAAUCGAUUUUUUUUAAUUUAAAUCAAUUUUUUAAAUUUAAAUCACUUUUUUUAAAUUUAGAUUGAAUUUUUAAAAUAAAAUGCUUUUGGAGGAAAAUAUAUUUCUAAAGAUAGUUUUCUAUUUAAGUUACAUUAUAGUCCAAAGGCCAUCAGGAAAUAAGGAUUUGUUUUAAGUUUUACUUGUGUGCUGAAAAUCAGUCUAAGGGUUUUUUUGUGUUUUUUUUAAAAAAAAGUUUAACUGCAUCAGUUAACAAACAUGGAUACAUAUGCUAUAAUGUUAUUGUUUUAGUUAAAUAAAUUGUUAAAAUUGUUAUUAAGGAAAUGAUUAUUUUUCUCCUUCCAAUAAAGUACAGCAGAAAAGUUGUCCAAAUAUAAACAGUUAGCUUAUUAAACCUCACCCUAAUUUCAUAAUUAUCUGUCUAUGUAUUUCUAAUAAUAUAACCAAAUCAGUAAUUUUUGUUAUAACUGUAAAAAACUACUCUGAAAAUUUAUUAUUUCAAAAAUGAAACCUUUAUCUGCUCGUAAAUAUUAAGAUUAUACCAGUAGGAAUGCCUUUCUGAUAAAAAAAGAGCUUUCCCCACGUCACUCCCCUUUGACUAUCAGCAUCUGUGACGUUUCUUGGUUAAACAUCCACAGACUUAUUGCUCUUCCUUAAUCCCCAGAGAUUUGUUGGCCGCUGAAUGUGUGCGGGGAGUCCCUUUGCAAGGAAGGCUCAGACACAGGAUCAGGGAACCUAUGUUUCUCCAGAUGUUGUGCAUCUCCCACUCCCAUCAGCCCCAGCCAUCAUUGGCCAAGGAUGAUGGGAACUGGAGCCCAGCAACAUCUGGAGGACCACAAGUUCCCCAUCACUGCUCCAAACUCUCUCUCUCUCUGUGUGUGUGUGUCUCCUCCUACUUACUGCUCACAUCUGGUUCCCUGUAAGGUCGGCAGUCCAACAUGCAGUUGGAGAAAAACAAAUACGAUGGAUAAGUCUUUAUAGUUGGGUGGUGAUGGGGGAAAGCAGGUAGGGUGACUGACAAGGAUGUGCAGGAAUGUUCCUUAGAGCGGAUCACGCUGUACCUUUUUUCUCCCACGCUUUCAACCGUUGGAUUAAGCAUGCUUGCUUUCUUCUGCUUAUCUUGCUUAUUCUGAUGCUCCCCGUCUAUCUCUAUGUAGAUGCUUGAUAAGCAUAGGGAAAUGUCAAGUGCUGGUUGGCCUCUAGCAUGGAAGGAAGGAAGGAGCACAUUGCUCAGUGACAGAGGGCAUGGUUUGCAAUGUGCAGGGUCCUUUGUUUAGCCAUCGCAUCUCCAAGGAGGGAAGAAGAAGACCUAAACACCACGAGAACCGCUGCUGGGCAGGGUAAUGUGCUGAGCUACACGAACCAGUGGGCAGAAGCAUCUUCCUAGGAAAGCAAGGGGUGUGUAAAGCCACAGUGAUCCAUGCGACGGUCACCUCCAGGCUUGACUACUGUAAUUCGCUCUACGCAGGGCUGCCCUUGAAGCUGUCCCAGAAACUCCAGCGGGUGCAGAAUGCUGCAGCGAGGCUCCUCACAGGGUCUCUGCCAUGAGAGCAUAUUCACCCAGUGCUUUUCAAGCUGCACGGACUCCCGGUGGAGUACAGGGCCAGAUUUAACGUGCUGCUUUUGACCUUUAAAGCCCUUCACGGCCUAGGACCCUCGUACCUACAGGACCGCCUCUCCCUGUAUGCCCCACGGAGAGCCUCAAGGUCCAUAAAUAGCAACACCCUAGUGGUCCCGGGCCCUAAGGAAGUUAGAUUAGCUUCAACCAGAGCCAGGGCCUUUUCAACUCUGGCUCCGGCCUGGUGGAACGCUCUGCCUCAUGAGACCAGGGCCCUGCAGGAUCUGAUUUCUUUCCGCAGCGCCUGUAAGACAGAGUUGUUCCGCCUGGCCUUUGGCUUGGAGCCAAUUUGAUUCCCUCCCUCCCUCUCUUUCUUUUUUCUUUUCCUUUCUCCUCCUGCGACGAGGCUACAUUUUAAUGUUUCAUUAUUUUAAUGUUGUAUUUUUUGUUUUUAAGUUGUAAUCAUUCAGCUUGUUUUUAUUAUUGCUUGUAAGCUGCCCUGAGCCUGGCCUUGGCUGGGGAGGGUGGGGUAUAAAUAAUAAUAAUAAUAAUAAUAAUAAUAAUAAUAAUAAUAAUAAAUUCUAAGUAGACCAAUCCAGUGCAGCCCUGCAUGGGCUGUUUCAUUGCUGAGUUAUCAUUGGGGAUUGGGGUGUGUGUGUGUGCGCGCUGCUGAGUCCCAGCUGUAUUUCCUGUCCAGCUGUCACUGUAACAGCUUAGAAGAGUGCUAUGAACCUAACUGUAGCUGAGCAUGAUGCUGUUGCAUCACAUUGAUCAUGAAACAUCCCUCCUCACCUUGCCAAUGUGCAGUCCUGUUGGGGGUGAUGCCAAACAGAACAGGUUGCUCCCUUGAGGUUUAUACUUGCUUCGUUAUUUUGCAUAUUUCUUUCUUUUUUAAAAAAAUCAUCUUUAUUGGUUUUUCAGUUACAUACUCCACAUACACAUAUAUUGUAUUACAUUUUACAUUUCUACUUGCUCUUGAGAGCUGACUUCCCUCCUUCCUCGUCCCCACUUUUUUGUAUCGCAUCUGACGUUAUCCAUUUUGCAUAUUAUUGUUCUUCUUCCAUAUUUGUCCAUAGAGUAUUUGUACACAAAUAAAUCCUUCUAUUUACACAAUUCUUGUUGUCUAUCUAUAUUCAUUUGCAAUUACUAUUAGUUACAUUAGUCAUGUUAUACAUUUUGCUUCUUUUUAUUUUUAUUAUCCGGUAAAUUUCUUUGUAUUUCACAUUAUGAGGUUUAUUUCAGUUCUACUGGUUUCAUUAUUUCACCUUAUCUUUCCUAUAUACAACAUAAUUUUUUCCCAUUCUUUUUGAAAUGUUUCAUCGCCCUGUUGUCUAAUUUUCACUGUUAAUUUAGCUAAUUAGAAGAAGCAGUAUUUUGCAUAUUUCUUGUAUGAUUGCUGUCCAGAAGAGUUGGAUUUUGGGACAUUGCCACCACAUGUGGAGGUAUGUGUCUGUGGAGGUGCAUCCUCUCCAGCAUUUUGGUGAGGUUCUUGGGCGUAUUAGCGCUGGUGAUACCCAGAUGCCCUGGCUAACACACCACCAACUACAUGCCCUCCGUUGGGGUUUUUGAGGGCGGUUAUCUUUGGAUGGGCUAGCAGGCUCCUAGGUGAGAGAUUGGGGGUGGGGGGGUACUGAUGUGAGUAAAUGCAGCUUCCCAACGAGAGACUGAAUGCUACAAAGCGGCCUCUGUGUUGUGAGAGCAAGAAUGUCAUUGUGAGUGUUGGCUGAUUGUGCUGCUUUUAUGUAUUUUUGGCUGGUCACAUUUAUUGUACAGUACUUUUUCACCAUCCUUUGAUGGUGGGGAGGAGGUACUUACCUGACCUUCUGGCAGGUGAAUUGCAGCUACUUACUGGGAGCAGUGCAAAUGCACUAGCAGGAAGCCCAGAUGGGCUCCUCUAAUGAUUCUAGACACCAGGCAGGUCUCACGGUCAAAUCACCUAUCCCCUUCCUGGUUAGCAGCUAGAAGGUCAGGUAAGCAGCUCCAACUCCACCUGAUACCUGCUGCUGCUGCUGUGUACUCUGAUUUGGGGGGAGGCUUUAUAUAAACAAACCAUAUUACAAAUUUUUAAUUUAAUUAAUUAAUUUAAUUAAUUUAAUUAAUCAAUUUAAUUAAUUUAAUUAAUCAAUUUAAUUAAUUAAUUUAAUUAAUCAAUUUAAUUAAUUAAUUUAAUUAAUUAAUUUAAUUAAUUUAAUUUAUAUACCACCCUAUACCUGCAGGUUUCAUGAAAGUUAACAGGAUAAAUCAGAAGAUAAAAGCAGAGCAUAACAAUAUUCUCCUGCUCUUCGCUGCUUCUCUUUUUCUGUCUCUUUCAGCUCCUUUUUGCCUGUUCAGUUUUGGCUAAUUUUAAAGCAGAAGUAAAACUGGCCGUGAAAAGAAAGAAGAAGAAAAAAAGAAGUAGUUUCAUUACUUCCUGAGGAGGAUGAAAUAGCAGGAGCGUGGCACUCUGUGCAUGCAGGGAGUCUAGCUUUGUCAACAAUUGCCACACAGUCUGUUGUGUCUAGGAUAGACAGGACAGGAACAAGGAUACAGUGACAGAUCCUCCCGCCUCAGCAGUGACUAAAUGGAUGUACAGUCAUACCUCGGGUUACAGCCGCUUCAGGUUGCGACCACGCAGAAGCACUGAAUCGCACUUUGCGCAUGCGCAGAAGCGCCGAAUCGCAACCUGCGUCUGUGCACGCACGGGUUGCGAACACUGCGGGUUGCGAACGUGUCUCCCGCAUGGAUCACGUUCGCAACCCGAGCGUCCACUGUAGUUGACACGUGAUUUCUAUGAUCCGCUGAUUCAAAAAACAAAACAUAUAGAUGGGAAAAGAAAAGAAGAAUUCUUGGAGGGGGCUUGAGAUGUCUAUUACUAAGUGAAAAUGCUGAGUAGUGAAUGGAAACCACCAAAUAUGUUUCUUCGAACUCCUUUAGCAACGUGCUGUUACACCAGAGGUAGGGAAGCUGUAGCCCUUCCGAGAUAGACUCCAAUUCCCAUCAGUCGCAGCCAGCAUGAACAAUGGUUAGGGAUGAGGGGAGUUGGAGUCCAACAAGGUCUGGAAGGCCUCAGAUUCCCCAUCCCUGUGCUAUUUAUUCAUUUAUUUCUUUUAUAUACCACCUUUAUCUUCCAAGGUUCUCCUCCAGGGCCGUCUUACCCAUAGGCAUGAGGGGUGCGGGGCACCUGGCUGCCGGGUUCUCAGGGGUGCCAGGCCAAGAGUUGAGUCCGGCGGGCUCUUCUGUUGCUGGCAGCUCUGCACCGCAAGUUUGGGGGUGACCGAGCCAGCUGGCGCCCUCCUGCGCGCCUGGGACUGAGCAACCAGGGGGGAGGUGCUGGGCGGAUCUUUGCACCUCAGCGCCACAUAUGCUUAAGACGGCCCUGUUCUCCUCCCCAUUUCAUCCCCACAAACAACCCUGCGAGGUAGGUUAGGAUAAGAGAUGGCGACUGACUCCAAGUGAGCUUCAUGGCUGAGUGGGGAUUCAAACCUUGCUCUCCCAGGCCCUAGUCCAGGCUUCCUCAGACUCGGCCCUCCAGAUGUUUUUGGCCUACAACUCCUAGCAGGACCAGUGGUCAGGGAUGAUGGGAAUUGUAGUCUCAAACAUCUAGAGGGCCAAGUCUGAGGAAGCCUGCCCUAGUCCAACACCCUAACCACUUACGCCACACUGGCUCCCAGAAUGUUUCCAAGCACAAUUCAAAGUUGGUGCUAACCUUUAAAGCCCUAAACGGCCUCAGUCCUGUAUACCUGAAGGAGCGUCUCCACCCCCAUCAUCCAGCCCAGACACUGAGGUCCAGCGCCGAGGGCCUUCUGGCCAUUCCAUCACUGCAAGAAGCCAGGUUACAGGGAACCAGGCAGAGGACCUUCUCGGUAGUGGCACCCGCCCUGUGGAACACCCUCCCAGCAGAUGUCAAGGCAAUAAACAACUAUUUUACUUUUAAAAGACAACUGAAGGGACAACAGGGACAACUUCCCUGUUUAGGGAAGUUUUUAAUGUCUGAUGUUGUAUUGUUUUUAAUAUUCAGUUGGAAGCCGCCCAGAGUGGCUGGGUUAACUCAGCCAGAUGGGCUGGGUAUAAAUAAUAAAUUAUUAUUAUUAUUAUUAUUAUUAUUAUUAUUAUUACCGAGCAGAUUAUGAAGUUGCUGCCUUAAUUUGACUUCAUGAGAACCUAAGAAGGACUCCCACUGGAUCAUAGCAAGGACCUGUCUGGUCUGGCCUUCUGUUCUCACAACGGCUGGCCAGAUAUCUAUGGGAAGGAAGACCACAAGAAAGACUGGUAUUCAGAGUCACACCACUUUUGAUGCUGGAGCUGUUAUAUAGACCUGGAGGCGCUGGGAACCUUGCAGUCCAUGAAUGUAGCCAACCCACUGUCCAAAUUAGUAGUCACCACUAUGUGAAGAAGUCCUUCCUUUUGUCUGACCCAGAUCUCCAAACGUUCAGUUUCAGUGAAUAAAUGAAAGCUCCUGUCCUUCUUUCCACUUUCAAGGCAUUAGUUACAGAAUCUGGCGAAGGACAUACCACCAUUGUUCUAAUCGUUCCUCCCGAUCCUGUGUAGUUCUUUGCUUCCCCUUGUAGUUCUUUGCUUAGCUUCCCUGAUCAGGCUGCCUCUCUUGAGCUGAGUUGCUGAGAUCCCUCUUUCCUUGAAAGGCAAAAUGAGUGAGUCUGUGGCUUCUGCUCCUCACCGCAGGCUGAGUAGAGCUGUCCUCACAUGGUUGAGUUUCCACCGCUGAUCCCAUGUGAUUAUGAAAACAUGCUUUUCCCCAUCGCUACUCACUUACUUUGGAGAAUGGAAAUAUGCCGAUGUUAUUUCCAUUAACAAAAAAGGAACCAGCAGUAAGCAGCAGGCUGGCUGACUUUGUCUAAUAUUUUCUUACACCUGAGGCUCAAAUUCUUCACUUCCCACCUCAUUCCUUUAGCAGCUUAACUAGGAACAAAUCCAGUUGAACUCAGCUACAUAGGAAGCUGCCGUAUGGAGUCAGAUCAUGAGCCCAUCAGUAUUGCCUACACGGACUGGCAGCAGCUCUCCAGGAUUCCAGGCAGUGGCCUCUCCCAUUCCUACUUGGAAAUGCUGGGGAUUAAAAAACAGGACUUUUUGCAUGCACAGUGUAUACACUGAGCUUUGAUUCCUUUCCCGAAAGGAAGAUUGUAGUCCUCAAGGUUCUAUAUAAUGAUCUGUUUAAAUGGAAACAUAGGGAGCUUCCUGAUAUUGAUUUGGAUCAUUGGUCCAUCUAGGUCAGUAUUUCCUACACUGAUUGGCAGCUGGCCUCCAGAGUUUCAGGCAGCUAAAUCAAAAUUUACUUACAUAUAUAUAUAUAUCUAUAUAUGUAUAUAUAGUUAGAUUGGAGGACAUGGCCUGCCACACUCCUUUGCCAUGCCCUAUUUAUGGGAACUAAAUAGUAAGAUCUAUAAAUAGUGAGAUCUAUAAAUCUCAUCUAUAAAUCUCUCUAUAAAUAUAGUGAGAUCUAUAAAUAGUGAGAUCUAUAAAUAGUGAGGUCUAAAUAGUGAGAACAGGCAGCCCUGUUUAGGGAAGCUUUUGAUGUUUAAUAGGUUAUUGUAUUUUAGUGUUCUGUUGGAAGCCACCCAGAGUGGCUGGGGAAACCCAGCCAGGUGGGCGGGGUAUAAAUAAUAAAAUUAUUAUUAUUAUUAUUAUUAUUAUUAAUUAUCUUUGCUUCUUUGAGUAGGACCAUUUGGGGGAAUAUUCUGUAUAGGAAGAACCAUAGGAAGAACCAUUCUGUAUAGGAAGGAGGCAAACACUUUGGCUAAGGAAGAUAUAAUCCAAACAGAGAAAAGGCAGAGAGAGCCAAGGUUUUGGAUUAAUAGCAUGUUGGGGCCUCUUUCUAAAGAUCUGCUUUGAAAGCAGUGGCUUUUGGUUGUUGUUGGGAGUGUCUCAGUUGUGCCUCCACCUACAUUUGGCCAAUAUUCUGUAGGCAAUGAUUACAAAACACCAGUAAGCCUCUGCUUCCCUUGGUAUUUUCCAUCCUCAGGGGUGACCUCGAUUACUGGGACAGUUCCUGAGCAGUUUUCUUAAGUGCUGCAUAAAAUGCUUGGAAGCAGCAGUCAAGGAAGUGUUUUGAUGCAAAACAUUGUCCUGCCCUCUCUCAGGAAACCACAAGACAAAGCAGGGAGGUUCUGCUGGCGUGGCUGAUACUGGACAGCCCCCGAUUCCUACAUCCUAAAAGCAGAGGGGAAUUUCCCCAUGCAGACGGCGGCCCCAAAGGAAAACACAUUUGACCCUUGCAGAACGAUGUUAGCAAAUCUGCAAUGGAACUUCCUGGAUCUCAGAAGUCUACCUGUAAGGAUGACAAUGUCUUGAUCACUGAAAAGAAAAAGGCUGCAGAUAAGGGGGAAACGCCAAGGAAGGUGGAGGAAGCUGCCGUCUGAAAAUAUGAACGAGACCUUUGGAAUAUUUGCUGGGGUCGUUUUCAAGCAGGAAUGUUUUGAGUAAAAGUAUUUUUAUUUUUAUUUUUUGUAAAAGGCUGGAAUAGGUUCUAAUGUCCGGGUGUGGUGGCUACAUCACUGGGGUGAUGGCCAGAACCAAUUGCAUGGAUUAACAAUAAGAAUAACAACAACAACAAUAAUAAUAAUAAUUUAUUAUUUAAUCCCCGCCCAUCUGGCUGGGUUUCCCCAGCCGCUUUAACAAAGUAUUAAAAUACAGUGGUCUGUUAAACAUUAAAAGCUUCCCUAAACAGGGCUGCCUUCAGAUGUCUUCUAAAACUCUGGUAGUUGUUCUUCUCUUUGACAGCUGGUGGGAGGGCGUUCCAGAGGGCGGGCGCCACUACCGAAAAGGCCCUCUGCUUGGUUCCCUGUAACUUGGCUUCUCGCAGUGAGGGAACCGCCAGAAGGCCCUCGGAGCUGGACCUCAGUGUCCGGGCUGGACGAUGGGGUGGAGAUGCUCCUUCAGGUAUACUGGUCUGAGGCCGUUUAGCACCAAGGUCAGCACCAACACUUUGAAUUGUGCUCGGAAACGUACUGGGAGCCAAUGUUGAUCUUUCAAGACCGGUGUUAUGUAGUCUCGGUGGCUACUCCCAGUCACCAAUCUAGCUGCCACAUUCUGGAUUAGUUGUAGUUUGUGGGUCACCUUUAAAGGUAGCCCCACGUAGAGCGCAUUGCAGUAAUCCAAGCGAGAGAUAACUAGAGCAUGCACCACUCUGGCGAGACAGUCUGUGGGCAGGUAGGGUCUCAGCCUGCGUGCCAGAUGGAGCUGGUGGACAGCUGCCCUGGACACAGAAUUGACCUGUGCCUCCAUGGACAGCUGUGAGUCCAGAAUGACUCCCAGGCUGUGCUCCUGGUCCUUCAGGGGCACAGUUACCCCAUUCAGGACCAGGGAGUCCUCCACAGCUGCCUGCCCCCUGUCCCCCAAGAACAGUACUUCUAUCUUGUCAGGAUUCAACCUCAAUCUGUUAGCCACCAUCCAUCCUUCAACUGCCUCCAGACAGUCACACAGGACCUUCACCGCCUUCACUGGUUCUGAUUUGAAAGAGAGGUAGAGCUGGGUGUCAUCUACAUAUUGCGGAUUCAAUACAGUUUACUUGGAAAUGUCUUAGGAAACUGCUUUGUCCCAAGCCAGCCUCUUUAUCCAUUUAGCCCUAGUGCUGGGAUAGAAUCACAUAAUUAUAAAGUUGGAAGGGACCCUGAGGGCCAUCUAGUCUAACCCCCUGCAAUGCAGGAAACUUUUGCCCAGUGUGGUGCUCAAACCUACGAUCCUGAGAUUAAGAGUCUCAUGUUCUACUGACUGAGCCACUCCAGACAUAUCUAAUACAGGGCUGGUACUCUGCCACUGUGCUACAGUGCCAUCCCUUAAACCAGGGGUCAGCAAACUUUUCAGCAGGGGGCUGGUUCACUGUCCCUCAGACCUUGUGGGGGGCCAGACUAUAUGAAUGAAUUCCUAUGCCCCGCAAAUAACCCAGAGAUGCAUUUUAAAUAAAAGGACACAUUCCACUCAUGUAAAAACACGCAGAUUCCCGGACCAUCCGUGGGCCGGAUUUAGAAGGCAAUUGGGCUGGAUUCAGCCCCCGGGCCUUAGUUUACCCACCCAUGUCUUACCAGUGGUGUCCAAACUUUUUUCAGAGAGGGCCAGAUUUGAUGAAGUGAAGGGCCAUGAGGGCCGACCAAAGGGCCAACCAAAGUUGUUAACCUUUUUUUAGGAUUGAAGUUUUUGAGCUUUUUUAUGAUUUGACCCCAAAGUUGUUGAGCUUUUUUUUUAGGAUUGAUGUUUAUGAUUUUACCCCAGGAAAUAAACUGCCACAGGGGCUGGAUUAAACCAACCAGCGGGCCAGAUUAGGCCCCCAGAUUAUGCCUUCCUUAUACUGAAUCAGAACCAUUGGUCUGCCGACUUCAGCAUUGUCUCUGGGGAUGGGGAACAAAUUCCUGUCCUGAUGUCAGCCAGAGGUGAAGGUGCGGGUAUGAACUGGCCUUGGCUUUACACAACAGAAGAGCGAUCUGCAACCAGCAAUGCUAAAAAGGAUGCAAUGAUUUAUGCAGCCAGCUCUCCGAGGAUGACAUAGAAAGGAUGAGUCAGGUGACUUUGCUGGCUCUUGCUCAAUUUAUUCCAGCCUCUGUUUCACCUCUUGAAGGUGAAGAAGAUCAGAGGCUGGAGGGACUUUGCGACAUGCAGUUCCGUGGUAACGGAUGAUGUAAAUUCUCUGCUCACUUGCUGGCUGGCUUUCACAAACUAUGCCUUCCUCUGCAUUUACUCAGAAGUAAAUUUUGCUGAGUUUGACAGGGCCUAUUCUUAUGCAAGUGUGUAGGGUUGCAACCCAAGUGGAUGCUAAACAUGCAUAUAGUGUAUAUAUCAAAAGAAAAAACAUCCCCCUGGUCUUUAUAAAAUGCUGGUUUAAUUUUUAAUUUUAAAGGAUUAAUACUAGUUGCCUGUUUUUGGAAAUCUGAUUGAACUGUUUGGGAAGAAGGAAACUUACAUUUUAACCUGGAAACCCUUCAUAUUUUAAAGUUGUCUUAUGGGUAGAAAUUGAGCUGUUUCCCCCCUCUGUAGUGCUGGAAUUCUAUUUCUAAUGAUAUAAUAAAAUUGUAAGGAUGUUGUCACGCUGCAGUUUGGCAAGUUGUAAAGGGGUGGGGAAGGGGAUUUGCUCAGGUGUAAAGGGAAGGUAGUAGCUGGGGUUGGCGAGCAAAGCGAGCAGGAAAGGUGGCCCUUAUUUUUGCAGUAGUAGUAGAUCAUGUGAUCUUUUCCGUGUGGUCAUGUGAUCUUUUUCACGUAGCCUUUGGCUUAUAUGCCAUUAAGCUCUUUGGGUCAAGAGCCUGCCCUAUCGUACUUAGUAGUGCACCAUGCAUUGAUGGUUGUAACAGCAGAACAACAGGCUUUUUAGGGUUGUAGCACCUGUCUUUUCGAAUGCCUUCCCCAGAGUUAGGCACCGACCCUGCUGUCUUUUCAGUACCUGCUCGAAGAACUUUUUCACACAGCCUUUCAUUAAGUUGAAAUUGUUCUCAGUCUGCAUCUGCACUGGAAUUGUUUUAAAUAUGUUCGUAUUAUUACCACAUGCCAUCUGCUGCCCCGGGCUCCUUUGGGAAGAAGGGCAGGAUAUAAAUUUAAUGAUAAUGAAAUAAGCGGUAGGAUUUUCUUUUGAUACACGGUGCCCUUGGAUGUAGAGUUAAAGCAUACCAGUUUCUGUAGCUUAAACGGGGAGUAAAAUGACCUCCCAGCUUUGGUUCUCUUCCCCCCAGAGGAUGUGGUAGACAUUUAUUUUUCUGCAGCUGCUCAAGCAAGAUGGUGAGACUUCAGCCGUCAGUCUUCAGAGAUAACAGUUAAAGCUUAUCACUGUUUUCCAUCUUUCUCGCUGUUUGCUCUAUCUUUCAUGUGUGUCUUCUUUUCUAGGUACCGGGGAUUAAUUCUUGUGUUGACGUUCCUGUGUUAUACCACUUUCCAUCUCUCACGGAAGCCCAUCAGUAUAGUAAAGGUACGUAGCAUCGGUCCCCAGGGGUGAGGGGCUAUCUUUGGACACAAGGGGGGGUGGGCAUGCAAUCCUAUACAGGUUUCCCUGGGAAGAAGCCCCAUUGAAUUUUAGUGAGAUCCACUUCCAAAUAAACAUUAACUGGCUUCAGCUGUAAGAAGGCAUAUUUGAACUCUUCCCCUUCCUCCACUUCUCUCCUGUUCCUCUGAUGUAUCCCUGUAAUGUUUUCUAGAUUGUAAGCCCCUCGGGGCAGGGACCUGUUGUCUUGUGCCCUUUAAAAUUGCAUCCGUACUGAUGGUGCUAUAUGAAACCAGCAUGCCUGGGAUCUUGGUGUAUGGCCUGUCCCUUUUUAUAUAUUAGUUUUUAUUAGUUUUCCAAAUUUUAACAAGUCAAACCAAAUUAUUUAAUCUGAUACAAUGUUUUUUAAAAAUAAAAUAAUUUGGUUUCCAGCUCCUGUUACAAGCAUAUGUCCAUUGCUUCCUGAUGUUGCCACUUCAUUCUGUUUUUUGUUGCAUCAAUUAAGUGUUUUAAAUUUGUUGUUAGCUGCCCUGAGCCUGGUUUUCUGAACCAGGAAGGGCGGGGUAUAAAUAAAAAAAUAUUAUUAUUAUUAUUAUUAUUAUUAUUCAUUCUUCUUCUUUAAUUGCAUUUUCAUCCUUCUGUUAAUUUUAAUCCAUUUUCAUAGCUGGCCUUUCUUGUUUCCUUGCAAUCAGCACCUUUGUUGUUUGCCAGAUGUAUAAAAAUACAUUUUCGCAUGUGUAUCCCUUCCGGCGCUCUGUGUGUAAAGAUAAUUUAUUGGGUGUGUGGCCUGUCCCAAGGGUGCCAUGUUGAAUAAAAUAUUGAGGGGAGGAGAAGCUAAGCCCACCCCACAUAAUCACAAGAUGCGCACAUGCUGUUUGAAUGGCACUGCCCCCUCAAAUAUUUUAUUGGGGGUCCAAAGGGACCACAGCCCCUAGGAGUUGGCUCCCAUUUCCUGUCAUGAGAGGGGUUUCAUUCCCAUUGAAGGAACAGGUUCAGAGUACAUUUCCGAGCACAAUUCAAAGUCUUGGUGCUGACCUUUAAAGCCCUAAAUGGCCUCGAUCCUGAAGGAGCGUCUCCACCCUCAUCGUUCAGCCCAGACACUGAGGUCCCGCUCCGAGGGCCUUCAGGCGGUUCCCUCAUUGCGAGAAGUGAGGUUACAGGGAACCAGACUGCGGGCCUUCUCGGUAGUGGCACCUGCCCUGUGGAAUGCCCUCCCUUCACAUGUGAAGGAAAUAAGCAGCUAUCCUAUCUUUAAAAGACACCUGAAGGCAGCCCUGUUUAGGGAAGUUUUUAAUAUUUAAUGCUGUAUUGUUUUUAAUACUCGAUUGGGAGCUGCCCAGAGUGGCUGGGGAAAUUCAGCCAGAUGGGUGGGGUAUAAAUAAUAAACAAAUUUAAAAGAGAGUCUCUGCGACCUCCUGGAUUCCAACUUGCCACUAGAAUCUUGAGUGGCUUUUGUAGGUAGGAGUACUUAAGCCCAGUUUAGGCUGCUUAGCUAGGGCCAUUCCUGGCCUCAAUUGUCCGGUGACCUCCCAUCUGACUACUGCAAUGGGCAGGGCUGCCCUUGAAGACAUUCUGGAGGCUACAGCUAGUACAGCAUGGCUUUAUGGUGAUUUUCAAUUGUUCCAUUUCCUGCCGAUUGUUUCUAUGUACGCCUCUUAGAAAUGUGAAUCGUUAGGCGGUAUAGAAAUGUCUUAAGUAAGUAUGUGACUGCUGGGCUGGUUAGCGGGGCAGCCUGAUGGGGCCAUGUGUUGCUGAUCCCAAAACCUCUGCCCUGGCUGUCAGUGAGCUACCAGACCAAAUUCAAGGCAUUGGUGCUAAUCUUUAAAGCCCUUAAUGGCCUGGGACCAAGGACCUAAAAGUGUGCCAUCCCCACUAUUCGCAACCCCUACGUUUGGCAAGUGAAACCUUGUUGGCAGUGCCACCACCGGAGGCUGCCCAGUUGGCGUUGACCCACGACAGGGCCUUUUCAGUGGUGGCUCCCCAUUUCUGGAAUGUUCCCCUCGGUGAGGUGCAUCUGUCUCCCUCAUUAUUGACUUCCAGGAGAUAUUUUAAAACAUCCCUAUAUACCCAGGCGUUUGGUGGCUGAAGCAUGCCGCUCCUGGCAGCCCCGAAAUCACCUGUGGAGAGAAUGCUUUGAAACUGUGUUUGCUGUUGUUUUAAAUUCCUAGGAUCAUAGAAUUGUAGAGUUGGAAGGGACCACAAGUAUUGUCAGGUCCAACCCCCCUGCAAUGCAGAAAUAUUUUGCCCAAUGUUUUUCUCACCCUGGGCUCUUUGGGCAGGAUGUAAAUUUAAUGAAUGAAUAAAGAAUCUCUGACUCAUGCGCCUGUUCUCUGUGUGUGUUUCCCCCCCAGAGUGAACUGCAUUAUAACUGUUCUUCGCGGGGACCCAAUCCGCACAAUGAAUCAAACAGCACUACCUGGUGUGACUGGAAGCCUUUUGGUAAGGCUGCAUUGGUUUUCUGCUGUAUCUUUCCCCAGAAGAGUAAACAUACACCCUUUCUUGGCCUUCCUAAAGUGAUGGAGGACAGGGCAAAAUUGUGUAGCAUACAGGCGUUGUAAGGUAGGGAAGGACCAUAGGUCCAUGACAGAGCAAUUGCUUUGCAGGUAAAGGGUCGCACGGUCAGUUCCUGACACCUCCAAGUAGGACUGGCAAAGCUUCGAGAGUCAGUGUAGUACAGACAGUAUUCAGCUCAAUGGACCGAUGGUCUGAGCUUGGUAGAAAACAACUUUCUGUGUUGGUGGAUAUGGAAAAGCUAUUUGUGACUUCCGCAGCUUGGACAUGUGGCUUUCAGAGUUGCCGUAUGGAAAACAGCAGGAGUGUUUUCCUUCUUUGACCCUCCUGCUUUCCACAGACGCUUGAGUUGUGGGCUGUAUCCAGAGUCCUUUUCCUGGAAACCUCAGGGGACUAGGCAGCCUUUAUGGCCAACUUAGGCUCUCUGAUCCCAACUGAUUCGUAUGCAAUAACCGGAACGGGAUGCCUCGAGGGCCAACAGUUUAUUCUGAUGUGAUUAGCAACCUUGGCGUAUCUUAUCUGCGUUUGUUUGCAAUGUCGUUGUGGAGCCUCAUUAGCAGAUUGGUUGCAGGUUGGUUCCCACUGUGCAGUCAGGCUUUCCACAGAUAUAUUUCUACAGUGCAAUUUCAGGGUAAACUGUACCUUUACAGAGCUGCUUAGGCAAAAAGACACAGGGCCCCAUCUGCAAGGAGCUUACAGCUUGGAAUAGGCAAUAGGUGAAAGAGCAGUGGGAGGGAGGGAGAGUUGGGAAACUGCCUUAAGCUGUCUUUCACCAUGUGUCCAUUUGACCCAGUGCUGUCCAUUAUUAUUAUUUCUUAAAUUUAUAUACUGCCCGGCUGACAGUGGGUCUCAGGCCAAGGUCUUUCACAGCACCGGGAGAUUUUCUGGAUGCAAAGCAUGUGCUCUUAAGUGCAGGCAAAUGCAGUCAAGCGUGUGUCCAGGUUAUACUGAGAAUGGGGAAUUAAAAAGGCAAACAAACAGCCACAUGGACAAGGUGCAUUUUGAAGGAGGGGAGAAAGGUGCUGCCAUCCAUAUGCUUGGAAGAGAAGUUCCAUUUAUAAGGAUGCAGCAAGGAGAAUGGGCUGCAAGGGAGGCUCAUCUGUACAACAGCCCUGCGAGGGAGGCUCCCCGUGUUCCCAUUAUGCAGCCGCAACCUUGAUGCAUGCAUGGCUGCAUUUGACUGCACUUAAGAGCACAUGCUUUGCAUCCAGAAAAUCUCCCCGUGCUGUGAAAGACCUUGGCCUGAGACCCACUGUCAGCAAAAGAAAUGGAGAGGUGGAACGCAGACGUGUUAAUGCUUUAAAAAAGCCUGUGCUAUAGCCCUGCUGGGGACGCAGGUGGUGCUGUGGGUUAAACCACAGAGCCUAGGACUUGCCGAUCAGAAGGUCGGCGGUUCGAAUCCCUGCAACAGGGUGAGCUCCUGUUGCUCGGUCCCUGCUCCUGCCAACCUAGCAGUUCGAAAGCACAUCAAAGUGCAAGUAGAUAAAUAGGUACCACUCCGGUGGGAAGGUAAACGACGUUUCUGUGUGCUGCUCUGGUUCACCAGAAGCGGCUUAGUCAUGCUGGCCACAUGACCUGGAAACUAUACGCCGGCUCCCUCGGCCAAUAAAGCGAGAUGAGCGCCACAACCCCAGAGUUGUUCAUGACUGGACCUAAUGGCCAGGGGUCCCUUUACCUUUACCUUAUAGCCCUGCUGGGACUGUACCACUUCAGGGUGCAGUUAAGAGAACAGUACACAGGAGUUGACCUGGAAACCUUGAAGGUCAGAAAUUCGUAAGACCGAAAUAGACAAAACGUGUGAUAUUCUGCUCCAAAUUUUUGUGUGGCUGAUCAGCAGCCAGGAACUGCUCUUCCUUGCCCACUGCAAAAAUGAAAAAAAAGAGUGAGGGGGGAGCCAGCUGCCUCAAUACAGGAACCUGCAUGAGCUUGAUACUUCUUUUGCCCAGUGGGGUACGGCUGCCACUGAACGUAACCCAUACUGUUGCUUCUUCCAGAUCAGGACAACUACAAAGAACUCUUUGGAGCCCUGGACAAUGCAUUCCUGGUUGCCUACGCUAUAGGAAUGUACAUCAGGUAUGUACUCAGAAUGCAGGAAGAAAAGAAAUGACACAUUUACUUGUUUAUUUCAUUUAUAUACCACCUUGAUCUUCCCAGGAGCUCAGGGGGGUGUACAUGGGUCUCCUUCUCCCCAUUUCACCCUCACAACAACCCUUUGAGGUAGGUUAGGCCAAGAAGUGGUGACAGGCCCAAGGUUGCCCAGUGAGAUUCAUGGCUGAGUGGGGAAUCAAACCCUGAUCUCUCAACACUCUAACAACCAUUACUCCGCCCUGGGUCUCUAGUGUGCACUGAGUUUGUAUAGAUCUACAGUUGAAGUCAGAGGGACGCGGGUGGCGCUGUGAGUUAAACCACAGAGCCUAGGACUUGCCGAUCAGAAGGUCGGCGGUUCGAAUCCCCGUGACUGGGUGAGCUCCCGUUGCUCUGUCCCUGCUCCUGCCAACCUAGCAGUUCAAAAGCACGUCAAAGUGCAAGUAGAUAAAUAGGUACCGCUCCAGCAGGAAGGUAAACGGCAUUUCUGUGUGCUGCUCUGGUUCACUAGAAGUGGCUUUGUCAUGCUGGCCACAUGACUCGGAAGCUGUACGCCGGCUGCCUCGGCCAAUAAAGCGAGAUGAGUGCCGCAACCCCAGAGUCAGCCACGACUGGACCUAAUGGUCAGGGGUCCCUUUACCUUACAGUUAAAGUCAUAAGCAUGCCUGCUUAAAAGGCUCUGUUGGUUCCAUAGGACGCAUUCCUUAAUGCUGCAAUCCUGUGCACAUUUAAUAGGGAGUAAUUCCCACUGAGCACAGUGGGAUUCAAGCCCCAUCUACACUGUGCACUUAAAGCAGUAUCAUGCCGCUAUAAAGAACCAUGGAUUCCCCCAAAGAAUCCUGGGAACUGUAGUUUGUUAAGGGCAAUGGGAAUUGUUAGGAGACAUGUGUCUCCCCUCCCCCCCCCGGGCGCGGGGUUAUAGGAGUCAGAUCUAGCAAAGCAAUCCUUGUGAUCUUAAUUUCACCAGCUCCUUCAGUGGCAUUUGCAAUUUAGAUUUGGUCUUGGUUUACCUACACCACAGGUGGGGGACCUUUUUCCUUAGCCCAAGGGGCCACAUUCUAGUGGCGGGCAGUGCCAAAGACAAAUGUGUGCUGAGCAAUGAACGUUGACCUUUGCUACAGUAGGUUAGUUUCUACAAACAUGCAAUGUUCUCUCUUCUGGCAAGCUGGAAGCAUGGUCAGAGUUCAAGCACAUAGUCCAGCCAGGCAAAAAAAUAACUACUCAAGGAGAAUGCAAAGCAGGGCUAGUGGUUUGGGAGGGGGCGUGGUCUGAUGAGAUCCCCAAGGGCCAGGCAGAGAGGCCUGAAGGGCCGGAUAUGGCCCCAGCCUGUUUCUCAUCCACAGGCCCUGCCUGUGAUCAACCACUGGCUGAUGGACUUCAGUAUCCUGGCUGUUGUUAAAAGGUCUCAAACAACCCAAGAGGUGCUCUUAGGACAAAUCCAUAAGAUUUGAUUACUUUGGCAUGGCAUGGCAGGUGCCAGCUGCACCGACAGCAAUCAGCUCACCUCUUAAACCACGCAGGAAACCGAUCAGAGAUAUAGAAUUCCCAUAAACAUGGUCAUAACUGCAGACAGAUAAGAAAUCUGCUAAUGGAGGGCUCGAGACGUCAACAGGACUCUUGUCCACAUGAUGGAUCCUGUUUGCUCUCUUGUCUCCUAAGUAGUUAUUAAACAGUUCCAUGGGGCUAUUUCCAGGGCUGUGUAUACGCCAUUUUUAUCACCACGGGCCAGCUUAAUUGACCAGGCCUGGGCAUUGCAAAAAUUGUGUCCUUCCUCAAAGACAAGGGCGUCCAAACCACAAUGCAGCCACGACGGCUUCGCUUCCGAUGCUGCUCCGUCGGUGUGGGAAAUGCGACAUGGGAAAUAGCUGUGUUGUUGACAAUGGUUUCCCAGAAGGUUGUGGGAAGAAGCAACACCAGCUUCCGUUACUACUGCAGUUACUCCUUUAAUUUAAGUGGUCCUGAGCUGUUUCCACAUUCAUUUCUGGUUGGGCACUGAUCCUUGAGAAGUGGCUGUUGUGUUUCAUGCGCUCUUCCUUCCUGUCUCCCACAGCGGGGUCUUCGGUGAGCGCCUCCCAUUGCGCUACUAUCUGUCUGGAGGAAUGUUGCUGAGCGGGUUGUUCACUGCCUUAUUUGGACUGGGCUACUACUGGAACAUCCAUGAACUGUGGUAUUUUGUUCUCGUACAGGUACGGAGAUUCAUCACGCUUGCCAAUUAAGUUCUCUAGAGCUGUUUCCUUUUCCUACUACAGUGGUACCUCAGGUUACAGAUGCUUCAGGUUACAGACGCUUCAGGUUACAGACUCUGCUAACCCAGAAAUAGUGCUUCAGGUUAAGAACUUUGCUUCAGGAUGAGAACAGAAAUCGUGCUCUGGCGGCGCGGCGGCAGCAGGAGGCCCCAUUAGCUAAAGUGGUACCUCAGGUUAAGAACAGUUUCAGGUUAAGAAUGGACCUCCAGAACGAAUUAAGUUCUUAACCAGAGGUACCACUGUAUGGGGUCUCUGAGCAGGUCCCAAUGAGCUAGGGUCCAAGGCCCAGGAGGCCUGCUCUUACUUGCUUCUAUCAGGGAUUCUUCUAGACCAGCUGUUUUUGAACUACAACUCCCAUCAGCCCUAGCUAGCAGGACCAGUGGUCAGGAAUGAUGGGAACUGUAGUCCCAAAACAGCUGGAGACCCAAGUUUGGGAAACCCUAGGCUAGAUGGCCAACUGUGAUUCUGUGGGUCUUUGCAGUUCACACAGAUAGUGAGGAGGGUUCUUGGGGAAAUCAUCUUUCGGAUAAGGAGAGGAACAUAUCUGUAGGGCCAACAUAGCUUUCUCUUGAAGCAGGUGGACCUGGCUGUCAGCCUGACUGAUUUCCCAUCUCCCAAGGUGGAACAAUUCACAGCAUGAAGAUUCAUCUUGGUUCUGAGUUCCACAUGAGGGGGAAGGGUGUCAGGAGUUCAGCCUACACUCAAGUAGGACCCUGGCAGAGACACAUGCCCGACUGGCGUGUUCCCUCCCUCCUGGUCGAUCGUUCAGGAGCUUCAAAAGCUUUCUUCAGCCCGAACAUCACAGCCACCGAUGCCAACCGACACCUGCACACUUAGGGAUCCACAGAGUUUGCACAGUGGCGUAACAGACCUCAGCAACUCAGCAUUUUGGCUAAUCUACUUUAUUUAAAUAUAAACAUACACUGAGCACUGCAACAUGGCUCCCUCUCUCUCUAGCAUCAGACAGCAAAGAGAAAAAGAACAAAGGACAAAUAGUCCCACUUCACGGAACACAGUAAUACAAACAUCCUGUCUCCGUCACUUCCCACUCUGUGGAGGCAAAACAUAUACCGUCAUGUGAAAGACAAAAAUCCCAUGACUGCAAUCAUAGAUCAGGAAUUCUAACAAAGAGAAGCCAGCCACUGCCCCUCUGGCAGCUGUCCCAAGUUUCCCAAUACACCGGAAUGUGUGCACCUUUGUGUAUGGGUCCUAGUCUCCAGUUAAAGGACAUUAGGACAGAGACUUGAUUCUUCCUGGGCCACUUCAGAACUGGCUUUGAAACCAAUUGCAAAAAAAGAAGAAAGAAUUUAUUCUAUGGAUUUGGAAGCGUUGCUAGCCUGAUUUAAUAUAAAGUGGCUUAUUGCACACCCUCAUCUGGGAAAGGGCCGUAGCUCAAGGACAGAGCAUCGGCUUUGCAUCAGAAGGUUGCAGGUUCAAUCCCCUGGAAAAGACCCCUGCCUGCAACCCUGGAGAGCAGCUGCCAGUCAGUGCAGGCAAUACUAAAUAAACCAGUGGUUUGAUUUCAUGUAAGGUGGCUUCUACGGCUCCUCUUGUUAACCUUCUAAGUUAGAUUGUGAUUAUCUUUUGCCUAGGUCAGCGUCCUCUUUUCCUCCUCCUCUUGCCAUCCACUGGCAAAAAUAAAUUGCAAUCUCCUUGGGGCAGGCACCUCUCUCCACCAUAACCAUGUGCACUGAUGGAGCAGUAUAAAGAAUCAAGUACCUGUAGCCUUUAUGCAGGACUUGGCUGCCAGGUUUCCCCCCUCUGACCUUCCUUGCUCGAUGAACUUUUGAGUGGGUGGUUUGCCCCUCCUCUGCUCCAUUGGCUUCCUUAUGGGAAAACGGUCUGUGAUGCUCAGUUCUGUGGAUCUCAUAGUCACAUGCACUGCAGUCUGGGCAAACAGAAACCUGAUAUAUUUAGCGGUCGGAAUAACUUAGAGAAAGAUGCAGUAUAUUUUCCCAUCCCAGCUGAGCCUGUCUGUCUGAGUGACACACACUGCAGUCAAAUGAGAGGUUAUUGUGUUUGAUGACGCAGGAACUCCUGGAUGUGGUGCUUCUGUUUUUGUCUGAACUUCUCAGCCCCAUGCUUAUGCAUAUUUCAAAAUCGAUGAUUCAGUAAGUUUCCACCCAACCAGUAUUACUUUUGUGACGGUCCUCACCGUUUCCAAUAUCUGAGUACUGGCACUUUAUUACCUUAAAAGCGCUGCACCUAAGUACCCUGGCAUUUUUGAGAGAUACAUUCAUACCUUGGGUUACAGACGCUUCAGCUUGCGUUUUUUCAGGUUACGGACCGCCAAAACCCAGAAGUACCAGAACAGGUUACUUCCGGGUUUCGGCGGAUGCGCCGAAGCGCUGAAUCGCAACCUGUGUGUGCACAGACAUACCGCUGCAGGUUGCGGACACUUCAGGUUGUGAACGUGCAUCCCGCAUGGAUCACGUUCUCAACCUGAGUGUCCACUGUACUUUGCUUUCUGUUGUUGUUGUUGUUGUUGUUGUUGUUGUUGUUAACAACAACAACAACAGUAAUAAAAAUUUAUACCCUGCCCAUCUGCCUGAGUUUCCUCAGCCACUCUGGGCGGCUCCCAACAGAAUAUUAAAAACACAAUAAUACAUCAGACAUUAAAAACUUCCCUGUCGAUGUAUCUUUCCCAGAGCAGUGUACUUACAAUUAAAAACAACCCACAUGCAAUAUGGAAAACACCAGUAGCACACUUGGAAAUUAAAAAUAAGAAAGAAACAGGCUGGGAUAUGACAAACAGCUGAGCUGAAACAGUUUGUACUGAAGGCACAACAGCAAAGAAAGAAAUACCUUAACUUGCUUCAAAAAGGAAACAGGAAGAGAGCCUUUAAUUUUCAUUGUUUCUGCUCAUUGAUCAGACGGUUGUUUGGAAAUUAUGUGGCAAACUUUCUUGUGAGAAAAUACAUAUAGUGAAUUGUCAUGGGAUGACUAUGCCAAAGAAAGCAGAUCAGGUAAUAAUAAUAAUAAUAAUAAUAAUAUCCUAUGAUCCUCUGAUGGGAGAGAAUUUCAGAGCUUUGGGGUAUAACAGAGCAUUUUCCUUGUGGAUGUCACUCCAAUUACCAUGUGAGAUAGAAUUUUAAGAUCACCCAUCCCUGGAAUAUCUUAAAUGUCAGGGAAUUUACAUCUGAAGAGCGUGAGUGCUUUUCAACUGAUUGAUUGCAUACCAAGCAUUUUCUUUAAGUUGUUGACCAAAGCAUGAUAUAACAUAGAAUUUAAUAAACGGAUCCACACUGUGGUAAUCAUUUGUAUAUAAGACCCCCAAACUUCUUCAAACAGUAGCUUCAAAAAUUAAGCUUACGACUGUCCCCUUCAGUUUUGAUCUCUGUCACUAAACUUUGUCCCCACAGCUCAAUUAACUAAAGCUGUUGGUUUGACUCGAGCGAUUCAUUGAUUAAUUAACUUAUGGAAAAAUCCAAUACAAGCAUUAGUAAGCAAUUUCUCGGAGUGAUACCUGCGUCCUUAUAUAACUCCAGUGAAUCAUUCCAUAAUGAGCUCGUUUACACUGUUUCCUGGGUGUGGUCCUUUCUUUGCAGGCUAUUAACAUAAAAAGCACAGCUGAAACCUGAUCAGGAAAUCCAUAGUCCAUAGCCUGAUGUUAUUCCUUAAGCAUUCCAAAGAUUGCUUAUGUUUUCAAGGACAUCACAUGUCUACCUGCUCUCAAAUAUUUGAUUGCCACUUAAAAAAACAACUUAAUUUAUACUUUAAAAGCUUGUCUUGAGCAGGCUGUGCCAUUGAUACCAGGGCCAACCAAUCAAUGCUGCGCAGCCUUGAGAAGGUUUUGCCAUGAAGACUCAGGCCAACCAAUCAUCUCUGAGCUCUGGUGGUUUUGUGACAGGUCACAGGGGCUGGCCAAUCAACACCAUGCACCUGAAAACCAGGAUGGGUAUCCCCUAAGCUUGAGCGAAGGGAAGAAAGUAGUUUGUUUGAGGGAAGAAAACUUCACUCCUUAGCAUCUCCACGUAGUGCUCGAAGAGGACUUUUCCUGAAACCCUAGAGAGCCGGUUGGGCAAGGCGUUCCAUUCUUCUUCCUUCCCAAUUGAAACUGGCUCUGGGACAAGUCAUGAUAAUCUCCUCCCACUCCUUCAUGGAUUGAACUUCACAACUGGUUUGGGUGGUAGCCCAGCCAGGUUUUGCUCACCGGGAAGUCUAGAAUGAAGAGAGGCGAGAUGCAUCCCAGAAACACCCCCAAAUUCGAGUUGACUCAGAAAACCAGGAUCCCUGGCUUGCUUUACUUGGGAAUGAGCAGUGAGGAAGAUUUUGUCCCUACAGCUCUUUCGGGGAUGUGUACAAUCAGUCGCCAGGGGACUGAGUUUAGCUGUCCUGAUGGUCUUGGUGUAGGGCUAAACUAGAUGAGGCACUUUAACACAAUAAUUGUGUGCAUGGCUUUAUAUAAUACAUCACAGGUGGAAGACGGGGCAGGUUGGAAUUGGAUCAUGGCUUAAGGGUACAGUGGUAUCUUGGUUCUCAAACUUAAUCCGUUCCAGAAGUCCAAUCCAAAGCAACUCUGAGAGGGGAACAGAACUCUCCUCACAUUUCCCAGAAUUUUUUGGGAGGAAGCCAUUACUAUUUAAAGCAGUAUGAUACUGCUUUAUAUGUAUAGUGCAGAUGGGGCCUAGCAUUAGAUACAACCCAUUAGUUACAACCCAUUAUUUUUCUUAUAAUAAUAAGGCAUUGUAUAUAAUGCUAACUUUGGCUUAACUAGCUGUGCUUUUUUCUCUCUCUCCUGCUCCUUCCACCCACCCACUAGGUCCUCAAUGGCUUGGCGCAAACAACGGGAUGGCCGUCUGUGGUGACGUGUGUCGGCAACUGGUUUGGAAAGGGGAAGUGAGUCUCGUUUCCUAAUACUGUAUCUGUCGAACUGUGUCUUGUGGGUGGUUGUUUUGCUUUCAAGUGCCAAUUGCUUAAUCCUCAUCCCAGGAGGAAGUACCAGAUUUAUUCCCUUGCCAAAAUGGAAAAUAUCACCCUGCGCUGGAAAAUGAGGCAGUGACCUGAUUAUGGCACCAUCAUGGGGCUUUAAAAAAAAUCGCAUAUGCAUGCCUGCCUUUUUGUGAACGGCAUUAUGUUAGAUGGUGUGUGUGUGUGUUUUUCAAAAUAGCUUUUUGAUGUACAGUGGACGCUUGGGUUGCGAAUGUGAUCCGUGCGGGAUGCACGUUCACAACCCACAUAUUCUGCAACCUGCAGCGGCGCAUCUGUGCACGCACGGGUUGCGAUUCAGCACUUCAGCGCAUGUGCAAAGCACGAUUUGGCACUUCUGUACAUGCGCGACCGCCGCAACCCGGAAGUAACCCGUUCCAGUACUUCUGAGUUUCGGUGGUCUGUAACCCGAAAAAACGCAACCUGAAGCGUCUGUAACCAGAGGUAUGACUGUACUCCAUCCAGAGUAAUGGGCCAGCAUGAAAGUACAGUUAAUAAACCAGUAAUAUCAAAUCAGUGGCUUGGAAUAUCUUCACAACAACCUUGUGAGGUAGGCUAGGCUGAGCGAUAAUGACUUGCAUGAAGCCAACCAGUGAGUUUCAUGGCUGGGCAGAGAUUUGAACCGGGAUUGCCUGAAUUCCAAGUUUGGCAACCCUCUGCUCAUUAAACGAUUCUGGUAUCAGGCCUGAGCUGUGGACAGCAGACAGGGGUGAGCCCAGGUCCUGAGAAGUGGGAGCCAUGGGUCACCCCAGUAGUCAGGACCAAAGGGCAAAUGAGCAGUAGAUAGGGUUGAGGGAGGAGCAACCAUGAAUCAUGGUUUGCAACCAGUGGUCAAACCACAAUGAGAAACCAUGGUUGAAAGUGGGUUUGCAGGCCAUGAUUUGUGAAUUCAGACAUCAUGCCAAACCAUAGUUUAAGUUUUGGUAAGCAUGGUUUGGACACCAUUUCUGAAUUGAGCCUGAGGGUUUACAAUUGGCGAUAACAGUCUGAACAAGAAAGCAUGGUUUAAUAGGGGUUGGCAAGCCAUGGUUUGUGCUAGCUAUGGUUGGGAAUGAUGUCUUAAUGGACAAACCAUAGCUAAAGGCACUGUUUCUCAAAAGAUUUCUGUGCCAUGGAAGCAGGAGUGAACUUCUGAAGCUAAAAGCUGAUAGGAGGGAAACUGUGGUUUGCCAGCUUCAUGCUCAGAAACUCAAGCUGUGGUUUUGGUUCUAAACUAUGAUCGGUGUAGACUUUGGACUUGCUGUCUGAACUGAACCGUGUCUUUUCUAUCUUACCAGACGAGGCUUCAUCAUGGGCAUCUGGAAUUCGCACACAUCUGUAGGAAACAUUUUAGGAUCCCUGAUUGCUGGUGCCUGGGUUUCAAAUGCCUGGGGCCUGUCGUUCAUCGUGCCUGGGAUCAUCAUAGCCAGCAUGGGCGUCAUCUGCUUCUUGUUCCUCAUUGAAUGUGAGUGUACGCUGAGCCAAAAUGUCUCCCUACACACAGACACACUUGGCAAAGUUGGAGGCGCUUGGGUACAGGGACACAAACAGGAAUGAAGUCUGAUGCAGAAUUGGCAGCAGCAGCAAAGGCGCUCCCUUAAAUCCAAGAGAGUUCAGGAAGUGUUGCCCUCUCUCUGAUUUGACUUCAUGACGACGACAUUAUGUGAUUAUAUGUUGUUGUUAAGCCAACUCAGAGUGAGGGCAAAUGCUUUCUGGUAGGUGAAACAACUGGUGCCUAGCAAGAGCCAGGACCUCCUGUCACCAGACUCAUAGAAGAGGAGGUGGAAACAGUAGCAGAAAAGCAUAAGGAGGGGCCGGCUUUGUGAAAUCUUUUUGUCUCCUCAGCCCCCGUCCCGAGCACUGCAUUUUGAUGCAAAAAAAGUUCUGAAAAUAAUUUUUGGCUCGGCCCUAUAUGCACACCUACCUACUCUUGCUUUGAGACUGUUUGGGUGCAAACCCAAGGAAGUAAUUUCUGCUUUUAUAAAAUCCAUGAUAUUUACUUUUGACUAAAGUGGUGGCGCUGUGGUUUAACCACAGAGCCUAGGACUUGCAGAUCAGAAGGUCGGCGAUUGGAAUCCCCGCGAGGGGGUGAGCUCCCGUUGCUCGGUCCCUGCUCCUGCCAACCUAGCAGGUCGAAAGCAUGUCAAAGUGCAAGUAGAUAAAUAGGUACCGCUCCGGCGGGAAGGUAAACAGUAUUUCCAUGCGUUGCUCUGGUUCGCCAGAAGCGGCUUAGUCAUGCUGGCCACAUGACCUGGAAGCUGUACACUGACUCCCUCGGCCAAUAAAGCAAGAUGAGCGCCACAACCCCAGACUCAGUCACAACUGGACCUAAUGGUCAGGGGUCCCUUUACCUUUUAAACUCCUUUAGGACCAGGGUGUUAGCCAGAGAGGGGAUGUAGUUUAUAAGCAAUGCAUGCUUAAUAUGAGCAUAUCUGGAUAACAUAGUUGUGGUAGGAAAUAGCGAUUCACCAAAGUGAGGGGGGAUGAGAAGCAAAGAGAGGACCUGAAUCCAAACAUCAGAAUUGUCUCAAAUAGCCUCAUAAAAGCCAAAACAAUCGGAAUAUGCAUGUGGCUUAUUGGACCAUGCAGUGUUUAAAAGGUGCAAUAGAAACCCAGAGCAGAAUCACCAAGGCGACAAUGAACUAGUCUGUGUCAAAUUGGGGAGCAUUGCUUUUGACCCACAUAGGACUUGAGAAGGAACAUCUCUGAGCAUCCCUGAAUUUCAUAUCAUCAGCGGUAGACGAGCAGAUGUUGCCGCCUAGUGUUAGAAAGCACUUACAGCUGCCUUCUUCUCUGCCCUGGCAGGGAUGUGCUUUUCUUAGGGUGACCUUCAAGAGAGGCUUUCUGUGCCUUCACAGAAUAGAAUGCUAGAUUAGAUGGACCACAGGUCUCAUCCAGCCAGGCACUAAUUACCUGAUUUCCAAACUGGAAUAUAUUUGAUAAAACACGCACCUCGGUUGCUGCUGUCAUCGUGCUCCGAAUGAAAGGUGUUCUUUUGUAAUAUAGUCUCCUCUCCACUUCAGAUCCCGAAGACGUCGACUGCAGCCCUCCUCUCCAUCACGUAAGUUUUGCACAUUCCCCCCACCCACUUAUGUUUCAAUCCUAUGCACAUUUUCCAGGGAGCAAGCACCAUUCAAUUUAAUGAGACUUAGACUUUACUCCACUAACAGCAAACAGCUGUUUCUUCUUCCUUUCAGUAUGGAGCAUGAUGCACUACUGGAGAAGGGAGGGAGAAGGAGGGCGAGAGAGUCAAUAUCCUUUCUUCACAGCUUACUCACAGUGGACUAGCAUCAUGCGCAGCUUUUAUAAUUUCAGAUUUCAGCUUCUCAUGCAUUGCUUCGGGAGCCCUUUGCUGAAAACUGUAGUAAUCUGUGUAAUGUUGCAGUCCCCUUCUCUGCUUUCGGGUCAAACUCUGUGUUCUUUUUUGGCAAGAAAAAGUUUUUCCUCCCAUCUCUCCCUUUCCCCCUACUUUCGCUUAUGGGGGUUGUCAAUUACAUUGAUUUUUUCCAGUUUUUGAUUUUUUAAGGUGCAGACGUCUUGCUUUUAACAGUCUCCUUUUAUAGGAGAGUUCAGCGCUGCCUCGGUUUGGGGGCAUUUGCACCGGAGAGUGGAUUAGCCCUUUUGCGCAGAGGUCCUCCCUGCAUCUUUUUUUUAAAAAAACGCUUUAUCUUUGGUUUUUAGUUUUUGGGAGGCCUCUUUUUUGCUCUGCCUUAGGCUCAGCCCUCAGGAUCCCCCCCCCCCCGAGGUCGGGGUGACUUAAGCCUCGGCCCCCAUUUCUCUCUCCAUCAUCGGGUCUGUCUUGGGUCUGUCUAGCAGGAGCGCAGAUUCCCACCCAAUCUUUUGGCUCGCUGCUCCAGAAGCCCCUCACUUGGUUUCCAACCCUCAGUAUCUUGCACAGCCCUGCAGUCUCCCCUCUUUACCUCUCUGAUAGUUGCUGACGGAGUCUGAUGGAGCUGAGGCUCUCCCAUCUUCCUUAAUGAGCAACCAAAGUAAGCCAAGUCAUUGGGCAAAAAGCAUUGCAAGGGGAUUGGAUUAGAAUGACCCUCACGGUCCCUUCCAACUCUACGAUUCUGUUCAUUCAUUCAUUCCUUUAUACCCCUCCCUUCCUCCCAAAGGGCUCAACUGGACAUACCUUCCUCACAUAGUUGGCAACUCUCUCCAUGUUAUAGUUGGGUCAUUGACGCGUUCUCCCAUCCACAUGGGAGCUGCUCCUGCGCAUCUGAGACGAGACCUAACUGGCUCUCUUCUCCCCAGCUAACGGCUGCACAUCGAGCUGCUGUUAAAGGGCUGGGGACUGAGCAUGCUCAGUAGCCACUGAAUGCUGCCUGAGAAGGAAUGGCACACCCUGCAAAAGGGCAUGGCUGGCUAGAAUGCUGGACAGGAGCACCCAACAUUGCAACACUUCCCCCCACCCCAUAAAUUUAUUUAUUUGGUUUUUCAGAUUAAAGUUUUACAAUCACAUAUCCAACAUACAACAUAAAAACAAGAUUCCAGAGAAUCUCCUGGACUUCCCUCCUCCCCUUUGUGGGUCCUAUUGUUAAUCAUUUCCUCCCGCAUCUUUUAUGAUGAUCCAAAUAUUUUACAUCUCCACUGUGUCCAAAAUUCACCUGUAGACUACAAGUGAUAUUCCAAUCCUACUAACGGUUUCAACUGCUUACAAUGGUCUUUAAGAUAAGUUAUAAAUUCCCCCCAUUCCUUGUUAAAUUUCUGGUCUUCCUGAUUUCUGAUACUUCCGGUCAAUUUAGCUAUUUCAGCAUAGUCCAUUAACUUCACCUGCCAUUCUUCUCUGGCAGAGACUUCAUCUUCUUCCCAUCUCUGGGCCAAUAACACCCAUGCAGCCGUGGUUGCAUACAUAAAUAGGAUUUUCUGCUCCCUCAGGAUUUCGGCACCUAGAAUUUCUAAAAGGAAGGCUUCGGGAUGUUUUUUAAAGAAAAAGUUAUUUUAAACAUUUUGACACAGCUCCCACUUGUGUCAGCCCAAUCCCUGGUCAUAACUGGAAAAGGAGAGGCCUGGUGUGGAAGGAAGUACCGUAUCUCUGGGGCAGAACAUCUGCUAUGUACACAGAAGACCCGAGGUUCAAUCAUUGGCAUCUCUGGGGCAGUAGGGGCUGAGAGAGACCCCCAUCUGAAGCCCUGGAGACCAGCCACUCUAGAGGAAACAGAGCUGGAUAGACCAGUGGUCCAACUCAAUAAAGAGCAGCUGCUUCUGAGGGAAAGUUCGACAAAUAGAAGGGUCAUAUCUCGAUCCAAACUCCUGAGGUGUUUUUAUUUGUUUGUGUCUCUCUCAGACCGCCGGUUUGGAAGAGAAAGGUCUUGAGGCGGGCCACUCCAUCAGCGACGGGAGCCUAAAUAUCUCCAGCAACAGCCGAGAAAACAUUGUGGACAUGUCGGAAGGUAGCAAAGAAUCGACGGAAAACCGGGAAGCCAUUAGUUUCAUUGAUGCCCUAAGGAUACCUGUGAGUAUGGCUCCACAGGGGAGGGAGGGUGGGGUGGCUGCGUCGUAAGAGACUAGUUGCAGUGGUAGAACUCCCUUUGUUCAGUUUACAGUGGUACCUCGGGUUAAGAACUUAAGUUAAGUCUGUUCUUAACCUGAAACUGUUCUUAACCUGAAGCACCACUUUAGCUAAUGGGGCCUCACGCUGCCGCUGCGCCCCACCGCAUGAUUUCUGUUCUCAUCCUGAAGCAAAGUUCUUAACCCGAGGUACUAUUUAUGGGUUAGCGGAGUCUGUAACCUGAAGCGUAUGUAACCUGAAAUUUAUGUAACCUGAGGUACCACUGUACUAUAUUUAUAACCCAGGGUGGGGAGAGAAGACUGGAAAUUGAAAUUGACAGGUGUGCUGUUGUGUGGAUCAGAUUGGCAACUACACACCUGUCAGCUACUGUUUAGUAAGAAGAUAUUUAUUCAUUCAUUCAUUCAUUCAUUCAUACCCCGCCCAUCUGGCUGGGUUUCCCCAGCCACUCUGGGCAGCUCCCAACAGAAUAUUGAAAACACAAUAGAACACCAAAUAUUAAAAACUUCCCUAAACAUCAUUCAGAUGUCUUUUAAAAGUCAGAUAGUUGUUUAUUUCCUUGACAUCUGAUAGGAGGGCGUUCCACAGGGCGGGUGCCACCACUGAGAAGGCCCUCUCCCUGGUUCCCUGUAGCUUCACUUCUCGCAGUGAGGGAACCACCACAAGGCCCUCGGCGCUGGACUUCAGUGUCUGGGCUGGACGAUGGGGGUGGAGACACUCCUUCAAGUAUACUGGACCGGGGCAGACAAAAGGAGAAAAGGAGAUCAUGAAUUGGCCAUGUUCAUGGGAGACCAUAGGCAUUUAUCUAGGGGAGGGUAAAGGCAAGCCCUGAAUGGAGCCUGGUUUCUCACAAAUAUAUAUUUAAAACAAAACAGGAAGAUGAAUGCCUGCACAUUCCCCCUUGUAUCUCAAGUUCUGUGGGAAUCAGUGGCUUGUGAUUCAGGGGGCAACAUCCCCCUUCCCACCCCCACGGACACCCAUACCCCUGUGUCCUGUCUGUUUGGGGCCUUUGUCUUUGCAAAAACUGCCUUUCGUUAGCUGCUAAUGGGUUGUUUUGUUCCUUUCUCUCCUCUGCAGGGAGUUGUGGAGUUCUCCUUUUGCCUGCUGUUUGCAAAACUAGUCAGUUACACGUUCCUUUACUGGCUUCCCCUCUACAUUGUGAAUGUGGGUGAGUUGCAAGGAGCUUGUUAUGGAGAUUCCCAAUUUGUGAUCUGAGAACCUGCUUCAGGAAGUUUUGCUGGUGGGAUUUUCCAAUGACUCCGAGCCUCCCGAAGGCUGGCUUAGGUCCAUGUCCUUCAUCACACCUAAAGAUGGACCCGUUUUUAAGAAGAAAAACCUUUUUUUAUUUAUAAAGAUUUUAGUGGGACCUCAUUUUAUUUUAUUCUACUUUAUUGAUUGAGUGAGGGGAAAAAAUCAUUUUAUGCUCCUGUUUCAGCCCCAACAAGCGCUUCUAAGAAAAGAAAACAGGACAGAAUUAAAACAAAAGAAUUAAAUAGCAGAGUUAAAACAAAAGCCUAGAAGAGCAGAGCUAAAGGCUUCAUUCUCAAAGUACUGGCCCUAUUUGGCACAAUAAUAGCUACACUGACUGGAAGUGUCUUUCUAGGGUUUCAGAUGUAGGAGAUGCCAGGGACUUUUUGCAUGCAAAACUUAUCCUCUUCCAUUGAGCUACAUCUCCUGCCAACAAGCAGAGAACUGCUUCCAGCCAAGUACAGACCAUUGAUCUUAUCUAACCCAGUUCUGUCGACUCUGACUGGCAGAAGCUGUGCAGGGCCAAUUACAGGGGGUCUUCCGCAACUGAGAUCUCUUCAACUGGAGGUGUUGGUGAUGGUGGAAUGGAAUGUGGAUCCCUUUGCAUGCAAACCCUCCAGCCCCCAUUUAAUUCCAUCACAUUUUGAUCCUCUCUGCUCACCCAGCCAUUUCUCCUGCUCUUCUUUUGCAGCUCAUUUCACCGCGAAAAAGGCAGGGGAUAUGUCCACCCUCUUUGACGUCGGCGGCAUAGUUGGUUUGUUGCAUCGAUUUUCUUUUUAAAAAAUUAAUUUUAGUAGUGUAAUUUUAUUUGUGUACCUAGAUACCAAAACAAAACAAAACAAGAUGAAGUCCGAUUAUCCAAAGCCAAAGGAAAAUGAAUAUCCAGAACUAAUAACAGACAAAGCAAAUUUAACAAACUUCGCCAAAGUCAGAUACGGCAAAGCGUGUUCUCCUUCACGGAGAGCACGUGUUGCGGUGGGGGCCGCCAGGACACUCCAAAUUGAUCAUUGGCCACUGAUGCGACUGGGGCUUCCCUUGUAGUUGGGAAGAAGUUAAUGUUGCCAUUUGUUGAUUGACAGCCAGAAAUGCUAAAACUCCUUGCACGAGGCUAGGGCUUCCUCUUUUCGACCGUGCAUCGGAUUGCCCGUCCCCCCCUCCCUAGAAUUAGGGUUGUUUGCUUUGACCUUGCUAUGCCUGUCAUGGGGUCGUCUGCUUUGGGGCAGGGGCCCGGUAGGAAUUUUGUCCAUCUGGCUGAUUGGCUGGGGCCAUUUGGUUUUUGCCUACUGUGUAGCAAAUCGUCACAACUUGUAAGGUUGCAGUUAGGUUUAUGGUUUGGUUGGUUGAGGGGCAUGGAUUGGCUGUGCCUGCCCCUCUAAUGCUGCUGCUGCGAGGGAUUCUGUUAAAGGAAUCGGGGGCUAACUAUUGCUUGUCCACUCUGUCAAGGGGGCUCGGGCCAUAGCAAUGAGCUCCUGGUUGCAUUUGGGGAGGGCUGAGGGCAGGCUCCCUUCUCUGUUGCUACCCCCAAAUGUAUUCCCCUUUUCUGACUUUCGCAUUGUGCGGAAUGUCUGUCCCCCAUGGUGGGGGCAGCUAGUCGCAACCAAUGCCUAAGCAACCACUCACAUGUUUGUAUUUUAAUAAAGUUGUGGCCAAAAUUAUGCCAAAAACAAAAAAUUUGGUGUGAUGUGUGAGUUAUUGGGGUGGCCCUGGGGACCUCGACACGCAACUGAAAAUCAUUGGGUUUCAAGGCAUGGCAAAUGGGUUUACAUUAUCCUGGAGCCCAAGGGUAAAAGAGUAUUGGGAAAUGAUACAUAAUGAAUUGGGGAAAAUGUUCAAAAGUACUCCCCCCCCCCAAAAAAAAACCCCAGAGUCCUUUCUGUUGGGGAUAAUUCAGAAGGAAAUUCCCAGGUGUCAAAAAAGGUUAUUUAUGUAUGCCACUACUGCGGCACGUGUUGUUAGUUGAAAAAUGGAAAACGAGUGAAGUCCCGACCAAAGAAGAGUAGCAACUUAAGCUGAUGGAAUAUGCACAGCUUGCAGACUUAACAUAUAGAAUAAGAAGAACAAGAAGAUCAUACAUUUAGAGAAGAUUGGAAAACGUUUAUUGAAUAUAUGGGAAAUAACUCUGUACAGCUGAAAACACUGGCAGCAUUAAGAAAAAUUCAUCGGUGUAAAUAAAUUUUGAUGGAUUUAAUAAUGGAAUACUGAAUGGUAUAGUUUUUGUAAAAUAUGCAGGGAUUUAUGAUAUGCAAAAUGAAACAUGGAAGGAGAAGAAGGGAAGUCAUUGAUAUUUUAAGGAUGUAAAAAUGAGUACUUUAAAUUCUAAAACAGAAAAUCUGAUAUUUAUUUGCCUUGCUGAAGGCCUUUGAGUGAGUUCAUGGCUCUCAGACCUGACAUUCUCCACCCUUUGCCAACUUCUGAAAGUGAUCUGUGACUUUUUUCCCCUGCAGGAGGCAUCCUGGCAGGUCUCAUCUCUGACUACACAGGUGGCAGGGGCACGACAUGCUGUACGAUGCUCAUUUUGGCUGUUCCCAUGGUGAGUUUCCCUAUUGCGCACUUCCAGCUUCAGAGGCAGCAAGGUGAUAAACACCAGUUGUGUGUCCAGGCGCUUUUAGGCAGUCACUAUUUUGGGGUCACAUAGCCGCAGCUUCAGGUUGUGCAAUCAUAGGUGGCUGGGAAGUCUUGCGCAACAAACACAUGUCUCCAAAUGAUUGGACCUUUUUUCAAGAGGUGACAGAGAAAUGCACUGAAAAGGAUGGGAUAACACUUGCUUUGACACGACAUCCUCUAACAUCCCCGCAAAUGAAUGCUCAUGAAAGAGCCAACGUCAUCUAAGUUCCCUGCGAGCAAAUGGAGAUGAAUGUUCAAUAAACAAGUCAUCUGGGCGUGCCCUUUGCUUACUUUAGUUGCCAUUUUUCUACACCACCUUGUGCUGGCUAGGGCUUAUGGGAGUUGUAGUCCAAAACAUCUGAAGGGCACCAGGUUGGCAAAGGCUGAACUGGAAAUUAGAGAGGGCAAGGCUAAAUCCCAAUGGGCCGUAGUUUGAUAGCCUCUCACCCUUCCUAUGCAUGACUUGACCAUGCCCACACGUAAUAAUGAUAAUUUAUUAUUAUUUCUACUUUGCCCAUUUGGCAAAAGUAAAAUAGUUGCUUAUUGCCUUGACAUCUGAUGGGAAGGCGUUCCACAGAGCAGGCACCACUACCAAGAAGGCCUUCUGCCUGGUUCCCUGCAACUUGGCUUCUCGAAUGAGGGAACCACCAGAAGGCCCUUGGCGCUGGACUUCAGUGUCCUGGCUGAACGAUGGGGGUGGAGACGCUCCUUCAGGGAUACAGAGCUGAGGCUGUUUAGGGCUUUAAAGGUCAUUAUCAACCCUUUGAAUUGUGCUCAGAAACGUAGGACCGGUGUUAUAUGGUCUUGGCAGCCACUCCCAGUCACCAGUCUAGCUGCCGCAUUCUGGAUUGGUUGUAGUUUCCGGGUCACCUUCAAAGGUAGCCCCACAUAGAGCGCAUUGCAGUACACCAUGCAUUUAAAGCACCCCUUAAACACUCAUGGCUUCCCCCGAAAUAUUCUGGAAGCUUUUGUUGAGUUCGCUCAGAGCUGUUAGAAGACCUCUAUUCCCCUCACAGAGCUGCGAUUCCUAGAGUUCCCUGGGAGGGCUUGUUGAACUGCUCUGGAAAUGCUCAUUCACUGCCUUGCUUUCUCUUCUAGCUCUUUGCCUACAACCAUGUUGGCCAGAAUGGACUAGCAACGUCAAUAGGUAAAGUUGCACUAAUUUCUGGAGAUUUUCACCACUGGCAUACACUGGCUUCCACCAAGAAACCUCUGAGCUAGUUCUCACAUUACCACUGGACCCUGAUGGUCCCUUUGUUGCUGUUCUUGAUUCAGUUUUGUGCAGGGAAAUAAAUGUUCUCUGAAUAUAUUGCCAGGCUAUCUGGAGCUGGCGGUACGAUAGUGAUUUGAGUGUCACUUUCCACUCUGCAGAGCAGGUGCUCCCCCAGGGAGCUACAGCCAUUGUUUCCAAUGAGCUUUUUUCAUUGACUUAAAAUUGCUUUGGGAUAGUUCGUAGCAAAGUGAUUCGUAAAUGGAAGCAAAUAAAUCGAGAUGGCAAGGUGACGUGGCUGAUGUUUGUUCUUUCUUUCUCUCUGUAGUGAUGUUAAUUAUCUGCGGCGCCCUUGUCAACGGGCCAUACGCUCUCAUCACAACUGCGGUGUCGGCGGACUUGGUAAGAAUCGCCCCCAGAAGUUCUUGUUAUUCACUGGGAAACAAAAAUGUUCACUCCAGAGCAUAGCUGUCAACUUACAGAUUUGAAAAUAAGGGACCAGCAGCCUUGAAAAUAAGGGACCAGCAGCCAAAAUAAGGGAUUUUAGUCAACCAGCUGAAAUACAAAGUUAAAAGGGACCAGAUAAUUUUGGAGAGCAGCUCCGGUUUUUAGCCCUUCGUUUCCAGAGGUUGCUGCACAAGACACCAACCGAUGAAACACUGCAAUUAAAUAACUACAAGCAGCAACCACUUUUCGCACAAAACGAAGUCCAAGCUACAAAGAUGCUGCUGCAGUUCUGUAUCUUUUCUCUCGUGCUCCAUCUGCAGCUCUCAAUUCCAUCAGGUGGGGUGGGAGGAAGGGGGGGGGAAAUAGCGCCCGAAGUAAACUCACAGAUCAGACCAUCUAUGCUAGUCUACAACUACAAAUCUAUGGGAGAAGCGCUUGCGGUCCUUCCCUUGUAGCCCUUGGAACACCUGCCCGCGCCUCCGCCUCCUCCUCUUCCUCCUCUCUCUGAACUCUCUGAACUGCUUUCUCUAUGGCUGCCCUCGCUCUCCUCUCAAGGCUCCUCGUCAAUUCAUAGGCCACGCCAGGCUGCCCAUCUCUUCCGGGUCCUUCGGCGGCACAGCCGCAGUACAGCCUAGUGGGAGUGGGUGCUCCCUGGCCGCCAGGGAGGGAGGGAGAGGAGCUGCUUCCUUUAAAACCCGCGAAAUGUAAGGGACAUCCAUCAAUAAGGGACAGCAGCGGGACAUGGCGCUGGGAUAAGGGACUGUCCCUCCAAUUAAGGGACGCUUGACAGCUAUGCUCCAGAGGCCUUUUGAGUUAACAACCCGGCUUGGCUCCCAGACAACUCAGCGGCCCCACAUUUGGACAUUAGUCAGGAUCCGUGCUUAAACCGAGAAGCCUCUAAUUUCCUGUUUCAUCGAAACUGGGAAACUAUGGUUACCAGCUUCUGAAUCAGCCAGGAUAUUAAAUUAUAGCUAACGAACACCUUGCCGAGCUAUAACCCAGAUCCGAUUGUCUGAAGCAGUUGAUUUUCUUCUCUGAGGCUCGUCCCUUGCAAACAUUUCUUAUUCAUCAAUUAAGGGCAUUCAUGUGACUUGAGCCUUUCUGGCCUUGAACUCACUCCUAGAACAGGAUUCAACACGCAGACGCACAGCACAGCAGUUUUCUUCUUUGGGCAAUAGAAUAGGAAAUUCUUUCCACGGAGUGUAAACAUAACACCUUGGCUGAGAGAGCCUCCGUAGGAGGAGGAGAGCUCUUGCCUUCCAGCACACAGCCUUCAAAACUUGGAAGAGAUCUGAAUUAAUCUGGCACAGAUCAGUUACACAUUCUCCAGGUACUCUGGAAAAAAAAUAUUUUUUUUUAAUUGACUGUAAAAUUGUGCCUUUGGCAAACCUCUCCUCUCAUGGCAGCUGUUAGUGUACAAGAAAGAAAAAAAAGAUUUAGUCAGGAUGGUUUUAGAACAAAGUGGAAAAUAACACAGGCUAAGAGCACUGAGUGUUGGCUUGUCUAGGGGAAGCGUUUUCAGUGCAAUCCCUCCCCCCCCCCCAAAAAAAAAGUUCAUUGCAAUUAUAUUUAUACAACAUGUUUCCUUCAAUGCAUACAAUCUUAAAAUGAUUUGAAUUGGUUUUGAAAAUACUUUUAAAAGCUUUACAAUUUAACAAAACUAACUCAUUUUGGAAUAAUCAAUUAAAACCUAGAUCUCUGGCCUGGCUCACACAUAUCUUGCUAAAGCAAACCAUGACGUAGCACAAGUGUGCACUAAGUUUAGGGAGGUUUUUAAUGUUUGAUUGCUUUAUUAUUAUUAUUAUUAUUAUUAUUAUUAUUCUCCAGUCAUUUUGCUGCUCUGCUGAACUGAGCUAUGGUUUGGCUUACCACAUCAUCUAAACCUCCUAAUAGCCAACUAAAAUCCACUUUCCUGAAUUUUCCGCCCACUAACUGGUUCCAGUCCUGCCCUCCAGAGCAACAGGAACCUUGCAAUGUUCAUUUGUGACAUUUUCCUUUAACCUUGUAAUCUUUCUUUGUUUUUUCUCCUUUUCUUCUCCACCCCAGGGCACUCACGAAUGUCUCCAAGGAAACGCAAAGGCCCUUGCCACCGUUACAGCCAUCAUUGAUGGAACGGGAUCUGUCGGUCAGUAGCUGAGAAGCUUAGGCCAAGUGUGGAAGCUUUGGCCCUCCAGGUGUUGUUGAACUACAACUCCCAUCAGCCCCAGCCAGCACGGCCAAUGGCCAGGGAUGAUGGGAGUUGCAGUCCAGCAACACCUGGAGGGCCAUAGUUUCUCAACAAUUGGCCUAGGAGUUAAUUUGAGCCUCAUCCAGUAUUUUGUAGUACGAAGCCUCAGAGGGGCAGAGGUUUUUCCUCUUCCCCAAAGGUUACCAUUAUCCAGGGAGAUGUGGUGAUAACUGACUACUAGUCUCACACCAGGGGCCCACUUCUGUCUCAAACCCAGCCAAUAUCAGCUCUGAAUCUGCCCUGAGAAGGGAUGGGGCUAAUUGCCACAUUGCUCACCCAUAUGAUGCAAAUCUGCAUGCAGGUGUGUCUGCCCUAAAGAGGUUUUUGUGGUUCCUCAAGGCUUCCCAAAAUACAUAUAUUUAAAUUAUCAUUAUUUAUUAUUAUUAUUAUUAUUAUUAUUAUUAUUAUUUUAUUAUUAUUAUUUCUUCAUUGCUCCUCUGAUGGCAAAAUAUUUUAUUUUCACUUCAUUAAAAAAGUAAAUACUGAUGGCUUCCUUUUCUUUUCUAUUUGAUAAUAUUUUUUAUUAGUUUUCAAUUACAAUCCAAUAAUAGCCUCAUUAUAACAAUGCCAAAUAAUAACACAAUUACUAAUACCAAUCAUUCAGAUACCAAAUGACAUAAUUUAGGUGGCCCCCUACAUGCUAGAGUUGUUGGUUUGAAGUUUUACUUUAUUUAUGCGUUCCAAAAUCUCAAUAACUUCAAUUACACUCUGGUCAAAAUAACAAUGCCUUAUACAACAACUGCAGUAUUAACAACUUCCAUUUGUAUUGACACAUGAAAUGAUUUAUAAAAUUGCAAGUGAGGCAAUCAAACUAUAUCCUUGUUCUUCCUGUGUGUGACAAUAAUUCUGUCCAUGAUGUUUCUUCCUGUCCUUGUAAAAUGUUAUGUCUAUCUUUUCCCGGUUCUUGCUGUUCUCCAUCAUGCCUUGGGCGGAGCUAUACUGAUUGUUUCCUUAGGUCACCCAUUGUAAUACUGUAAUGCCAAAAGACUUUUUGUGGUUCCCCAAAUCUGCGAUUUUUAAAGUAGUAUCAUCAUCAUCAUCAAAAUACCUUCUUAAGCUGACUGCUCCCAUAGUUACCCCACUGUGAUUCUGCAAUGCCAAAGGGUUUGGGUCACCCCCCCCCCAAAGUAAACUUUUUCUUUUUUAAAAGAUGGCCACACCAACUUUGACAUGUGCCCCCACCCUGAGAGUUGGGGAAGGGUAGCCCCCUGCUCUUGUGGACCCCACUGAGCUGGAUGGCCCAAUGGCUGGUUCAGUAGAAGUCCGUUUCCUGUGCUCCUAUAUGUCUUAGACAAAUCUGCAGGGCUCUCCAACAUUCCUGGUCACACCCCUGCUUCUGUACCCCCUGUAAAUCAGGGGUCAGCAAACUUUUUCAACAGGGGGCUGGUCCACUGUCUCUCAGACCUUGUGUGGGGCCGGACUAUAUUUUGAAGGGGGGGGAAUGAACAAAUUCCUAUGCCCCACAAAUAACCCAGAGAUGCAUUUUAAAUAAAAGCACACAUUCUACUCAUGUAAAAACACCAGGCAGGCCCCACAAAUAACCCAGAGGUGCAUUUUAAAUAAAAGGACAUAUUCUACUCAUGUAAAAACACGCUGAUUCCCGGACCGUACGCGGGCCGGAUUUAGAAGGCAGUUGGGUCGGAUCCAACCCCCGGGCCUUAGUUUGCCUACCCAUGCUGUAAAUCAGCUUUUCUCAACCUGUGGGUCCCCAGAUGUUGUUGAACUACAACUCCCAUCACCCCUAGCUAGCAAGGCCAGAGCUCAGGGAUGAUGGGAGUUGUAGUCCAACAACAUCUGGGGACCCACAGGUUGAGAACCAGUGCUGUAAAUGGUCAAUCUGUCAACAGCAGUCAGCCAUGUUAGCUACAAACAGAACCCCCACAUUCAGAGAUCACCAAAUGCUUUUGCCACCAUACGCUUCUUGUGAGCUCAGGGUAUAUGGCUGCCGCCCUGUUAGAUGCAUAGUCCUGGCUAGAAGAACCUUUGCUGUGUUCCAGCACAGCAGGUCUUUUGUUGUUAUCCGUGAGUACAUGUUGGUCAUCUCUGACUUCCUGAGUCUUCUUCCAUCACCAUGUAGGAUUUGCAGACAUAGGUUUUCUGCGCCAUCUGUGCUAGAAGGAACCUGCCUUAUAGCCAUGAGCUGGGCUUCGCUCUUGGCUGCUUGCUGAUUCUUUGCAUCAUUCUUUUCCCAUUUUGCAGGUGCUGCCCUUGGACCCCUGCUGGCAGGUUUGAUCUCUCGCACCGGCUGGGACAAUGUCUUCUACAUGUUGAUGGCCGCCGAUCUCCUGGCUUGCCUAGUGAGUUUCCUUUUGCAGAGCAUUCCACAUCAGUUCCUCUGUUAACCCAAUGAUUCUGUGAGACGUACAUGUCGCCUUAUUGCCCCUGCCUGCACAGACUUUUGAUAUGGUGAACUAAGGGAUCAGGAACUGGUGGCCCUCCAGAUGAUGAUUGACUAUGGGUUAUAUCCAGUGCCAAUCCUACUCAAGAGUUGUCCUGUGCCACAACUAACUUAGGUCCAUUUCAAGGGGUCUCACCUGAGUAGGACUUUUUGGGGACCUGUAACUCCCCUCAUCCCUGAUGGUUGGCCAUUCAAGCUGGUGUUGAUGAGAAUGGAGAUGAACAAAGUCCAGAGGUCUCCAUCCCUGCUGUUAGCUAAGGGGUGAAUCCUACCAAAUUUAACCUCAGUUGGGUAAACCCUUGAGAACAGCUGAUAUUGCUACACCAAUCCUGACCUAAGUUGGGAACCACCUGCAGCUCAGUGGUAGAGCAGACGAUUUGCUUGCAGGAGGUCCCAGGUUGCAUUCCCCAUCACCUCCAGUCAAAAGGAUCUCAGGACAGCGACUUGAGAAAGAACCACAAAUGAGAUUCUGGAAAGCUGCUGUCUGUCAAGAAUUGACCGUACUGGUCUAGGUAGACCAAUGGAGAAAUAGCAGCUCUAUAUGAAAACUUAUCACGGGGUCUUUCCUUUCCAGCUGCAUUUGUCUGUGUGUAAUUUUGAAGAAGGAUCGUAGCUCAGUGGUAGAGCUUUGCAGAAGUUACCAGGCUCAAUCCUUGUCAUCUCCAGUUGGGGCUUGGAAAGACACCCAUCUGAAACUCUGGAGAGUUGCUGCCUGUCUGUGUAGACCAGGCACCCCCAAACUCAGCCCUCCAGAUGUUUUGGGACUACAACUCCCAUCAUCCCUAGCUAACAGGACCAGUGGUCAGGGAUGAUGGGAAUUGUAGUCCCAAAACAUCUGGAGGGCCGAGUUUGGGGGUGCCUGGUGUAGGCAAUAGUGACCAUUGAGUAUGGAAUUCAAUUGUGGCUUGGUGGGGCAAGCAGGAGCAGUCCCUUCAUGCAGCAGAUGAAAGCUUGAGUGGGAUUGACCAAUGGGUCUGAAUAGGUAUAAGGCAGCUUCUGGUGUCUUUAGCACAGAGACAUCAUUGCAGCGUCAUGGACAAACACUGGGUGGGCUGUCUGCAUGCACCAAACUGCCACUGCCAUCAUUAAUUCUGAGUAUAUCUUCCCCUUCCAGUUCCUUUCACGUGUGGUGUUCAAAGAAAUACGAGGGUGGUGCGGCUCCUGCGGAAGAAAACGAGGGUAGGUGUUUGCAGAGGCUGAAUAUUUUGGAAUGUAUGACUCCAGGGACCUGUGGUUCACUGGUGCUUUAAAAAUUCCAACCCCCAGAUUCCCUUGAAUUUUAAGUUUUACCAGCCUGUCAGUGAAGCCCUGUUGAAUUCCCCUGCCAGUACAUGCUGGCGUCUUGGGCCAGUUGAGUGUGCACAAAGCAAAACAAGAUGGCGGCGUUCUGUUCUGAAAUGUUCUACUGAGACCUGCUAUGCUGGAAUUGGAUGAUGUGGUAUCAGAUUUACCUGCAUAUGUGGAGUAAACCCUACGGAGCAUGUUUGGAAAAUCCAGGAUAGCAAUGCAGUCAUGCACAGACUGAAAGCAUUCUCAAAAUUCUCCUUCUCAAAAGAGCGCUUAACCAUCUUAACACAUGUUUUACUUCAGGAAUGGCUAACCCCUAGUCUCACACACACAAAAAUUCUGGUGGCGGCAAAAAGAAAAUAAAUUUAAGGUAGAUACAGAGCUGUGGUUGUGGAUCCAGCACUGUAACAGAUCUGUAACAGCACUGCAGAUCAUCCCGUUAUCAGAUUGCCUACUUCCCAUCUUCAGUUGAUCUGAAUGUGUCCGGUACAUGGAAGAGUCCUGCUAUGCUCAAUGGGGUUUAUUCCCAGGUAAGCAUGCAAAGGAUUAUAGCUUGAAACACACAGAUUUCUGUGUGUUAGUCACCCCCAACAAAUGUUCCAUAACCUGUGCUCUUGGAACUAAAAAUUAGAAUUAAGCAGUAGAGUUUCUGCUAGGGAAGGCUACAUGUGAAGCCCUGAGGAUGCAUGCAGGAGCCAGGAAUCCUCUGGACUGCAGAUGUUCUGACCAUGCUCAGACCAUGGUAUCUCCACUUAAAAAGCCAAGAAACGAAAAAGGCUUUUGCCUGCACACGCAAACAACCCAACUGCUCUUCCCUUUGCAAGAGCAAACAAAAGAGAAAGCCACCCAUUUCACUGUAGCUCUCUGGAUCAUCCAAACCAAGCUGUGGUUAGCUGCUUUGGGGGCGGGGCGGGGGGGACCCAGGACAGCAGUGCCCAACCUUUUUUCAAAGAGGGCCAGAUUUGAUGAUGAAGUGAAGGGCCAUGAGGGCCGACUGAAGGGCCUACCAAAGUUGUUGUCCUUUUUUUAGGAUUGAAGUUGUUGAGGUGGUUUUUUUUGGAUUUUACCCAAGGAAAUAAGCUGCCACAGGGGCCAGAUUAAACCAACCCGUGGGCUGGAUUAGGCCCCCGAAACGGACUUUGGACAUGCCUGCCCCAGGAUGUUAAACCAUGAUUUGAGGUUAGCUUAAUAUCCUGGCCUGUUUGGAAGGCGUUCGCCAUAGUUCUCCAGUUCAGAUGAGAUGGGAAACUUUAGGUAAUGAAAGCCUUUGUGGUUUGUUUCCUGCUAUCACUUUGCCUGGCCGAAAGGCUGGUUUAAUAUCUUGACUUAUCGUGCCAAGAUACAAGCAUCAAACUCCACCAUGAAAGUCAUACCUAAAGUCAUCAACCUCUGAUGAUACCUAAAGGGACGCUUAUGAACCAGGGUCCCAAAGAACCAGGAGCGGUGCUGCCACACACUUGACCUCCCUGCAGUGAUGUUACUGGAGCAGCAGGAAAGUUGGCACUGUUUGGGCACAUGGGCAGAGCCCAUCCAGCAUUUCCACUGAUGCCCCUUUCCCUCCUGGGAAGCACCAGCGAUGUCACUGCCCAGAGACUUUAGUGCGUGGCAUUGCCCCUUCUCACUGACUGCUCCUGCAAAGAGUCAAGUGGAGCUCUGGUCAUGAUAGAAUGAACCACAAUUUCUCUACCACCACCACUCUUAACAUGCCCACCAAUCCUUAACCAAUACUAACAGCAACCUUCUCCCCCAUGUGCCUUCCUAGCUCUUGUGUGGCAUUAACAGAACCAGUAGUGUUGGAUAUGAAAUAGUUUGCAGUGUGAGUAUGCCCAUUGGUUCUCUCUUCCCAUCUAGUGGAGCAGGGUGUGUGUGCAAAUUUCAGGGUAUGAUUUUUCUCUUGAUUUCCCUCUUUCCCACACGGGGCAUCUGUGAGGCAAAAACACAGUAGCAAAACACAGUUUCUGUUACCUAUCUUUGAGAUUUAAGUUUGCCUAAACAGAGCAAAGGUGUGAUGCGUCUAGGGCAGCAAAUUCACCUGCAUUGUCCUAGCUUUCUGGAUCAGAAACCCAGUUAUAACUUGGGUUGAACACAAUAAUCUCAAGUGGAUCAAGUGGGAUUCAAACACGUAGAUCAGGGUGGGAAACAAAGAAGAUGAACAAGUUGCAUGACCUAGAACCAUCCCAACGAGGCUGUGUAGAGAUCCCAGCCCGAUCAAAGAAAGUACUUUUUCACACAGCACAUAGUUAAACUAGAAAGUUCACUACCACAAUGAUGGUGGCCAUCAAUAUGGAUGGCUUUAAAGGGAGAUUAGAUGAAUUCAUGGAUCUGAAGGCUGUCCUAGUUGUGGUGGCCAUAGGCUGCCUUCAUCAUUGGAGACUGCAUGCAUCUGAAUACAGUCAAACAUCGGAUCCUGAACGCCUCCGUUUUGGAAUGCUUCGGCUCCCAAAUGCCGAAAACCCAGAAGUAAAUGCUCCGGUUUUUGAAUGUUUUUCGGAAGCCGAAUAUCCAACACGGCUUCUGCUUGAGGGCAGGAAGCUCCUGCAACCAACUGGAAGCUGUGCCUCAGUUGUCAAACAUUUUGGAAGCCAAAUGGGCUUCCAGAACGGAUGUCGUUCGACAACCGAGGUUUGACUAUACCAGUUGCUGCGGAACCUAACAGUAGCAGAAUGCCACCGCCCUCAUGCCCUGCUUGUAGGUUUCCCAGAAAUAUCUGGUUGGAAGCAGGAUGCUAAGCUAGAUAGAAUUUUGCUAUGAUCCAGCAUGGAUCAUCUUAGUUUGCUUAUGGCCUAGAAAGGGACAGUGUUCUAACAGAGUCCCAAACAGAACUGAAAUAACAUGGAGAUAUCAGCCAUGAUGGCUAUGCUUUGCCUUCACGGUCAGAGGCAGUGUGCUUCUGAAGACCAUUUUCUGGAAAACUUCCAGAUGAGAGAGUCUUGUUGCACUCAGGUCCUACUUAUAGGUUUCCCAUAGGCAUCUGGUCAGCCACUAUGAGAAGAUCCAGGAGGGCUCAACUUAUGUUCUUAUGUUUAUAUUGUUGGUGAGAUGAGCAUUUCCCUCCAAUAAUUUGGCCAUUUCCAUAUGUGCUAUUUUUAAAACGAAUAUUCAAAUUUAAGACUGCAGAGCCCUAGCCAACAUCGAACUGAAAUGUUUGGUUCCUGUUUCUGCAAGACAUGGUCAUGCCGUGGGACCCACAGAUGCCCCCUCUGGACUUCUUGACUAAUGCCCCUGAAUGCUAUAAUCAAAAUGAAUUUCAAGUUGGGGGGGGGGGAAUCAUAUCUUGGCUAUCAUGUCCAGGAAAUCAUCGGCGCAGCCACAUAAUUGCCUUGGUCUUCACAAUUUGUCAAUACUCCCGUAACCAGUUGUACCUUGUUAACAAAUCACUGAGAAUUUUGAUUUGGGGGUGUGCGUGAUUGAGAAAGAAGAACGGCCGUAUUUUAAAGCAGUGGUUCUCAAAGAUGAGCUCCCCAAAAGGAGGCACAGACAGCCAUCAUGGGAGGCAUAGGCCACGUUCACAGCAUACAUUUAAAACACUGUGAAACCACUUUAAAUGAAUUAUGUGAGCUGUAGUUUGUCAGCGGUGUUGAGUGGGGUUAGGAGACCCCGGGCACAAUUCAAAGUGUUGGUGCUGACCUUUAAAGCCCUAAACGGCCUCGGCCCAGUAUACCUGAAGGAUCAUCUCCACCCCCAUCGUCCAGCCCAAACACUGAGGUCCAGCGCCGAGGGCCUUCUGGCAGUCCCCUCACUGCGAGAAGUGAGGUUACAGGGAGCCAGGCAGAGGGCCUUCUUGUUAGUGGCCCCCUCCCUGUGGAACACCCUCCCAUCAGAUGUCAAGGAAAUAAAGAACUAUCUGACUUUUAGAAGACAUCUGAAGGCAGCCCUGUUCAGGGAAGUUUUCAAUGUUUGAUGAAUUAUUGUAUUUUAAUAUUUUGAUGGAAGCCGCCCAGAGUGGCUGGGGAAACCCAGCCAGAUGGGCAGGGAUAUAAAUAAUAAAUUAUUAUUAGUAUUAGUAUUAUUCCCCUCAUGGAGCCACAAUUCCCAAAGUUCCUUGUGAAGAGGGAUGGAUUAUUAAACAGCUCUGGGAAUUAUCAUUUUGGCAGGGGAAGUGGGAUCUCCAACAGCUCCCUUAAGAAGCCUCAGUUCCCAAGCUUCUCUGGAGAAAGCCAGCUCUGUUAAAAAGUGGCAUGAUACUGCUUUAAAUAUAUGGUGUGAAUGUGGCCAUAAGUCUCCUGAGUCACGUCUCUUCAUUUGGUAAGUUUACUCUGAGUAGGACUAACAUUGGACUCCCCCUCUAGGGAGUGACCAGCCUGCUGCCAAAACAUUUCCAAACAAUUCCUACCCUGAAGUUCCAACAUUUGAAGGGGACUUGUGUUUGAAUGUUAAAACCAAACCAGGAUAAAAUAUAAAAAAUAGAUUUUGAAACAAACAAAAAGCAUACAUUAUAAGCGAAAGAAAAUUAGGCAGCCUAAUUAGGCAACCAUUAAAAAGAAAACAAUUCCCAUGUUAUAGGAAAAUGCUUAGUAAAAAUGGGGAAGAUUUAAGCCAGUGCCUAAAGAUAGAGCAAUACAGUGGUACCUCAGGUUACAAACACUUUAGGUUACAGACUCUGCUAACCCGGAAGUAGUACCUCGGGUUAAGAACUUUGCUUCAGGAUGAGAACAGAAAUUGCGCGCCGGUGGCGUGGCAGCAGCAGGAGGCCCCAUUAGCUAAAGUGGUACCUCAGGUUAAGAACAGUUUCUGGUUAAGAACAGACCUCUGGAAUGAAUUAAGUUCGUAACCAGAGGUACCACUCUAAGCACCAGGUGAAAGCAUCUGGGAGAGUGCUCCGUAAUUAGGGGUGCCACCACAGCAAAGGCCCACUUUCUGGCUUAAAGGUAUUCCAUAACCAGGAGCCACUACAACAAAGGCCCUAUUUCUGGUGGCCAUGCGACUAACAGAGGCAGGGGCACCCAGAUCAGGGCUUCAGUUGGUAAGCUCAUGUGCCACAUGGCUGGGGAGAUCCCCAGGGGAGAUGCUAAAUGUCCCUUGGAACAUCUAGCUAGGCCCUGAUGACCACUGUUUUAAAGUAUGAAGCCAUGUUACGUAAUGAAACCUGCUCUUCCUCUCCCACCUACUCUCCCAAGAACCCUGGUACCACUAUAUAUCGAUUGUGUUCACAGGUCAGACAUCACUCUUGAGUAGGCAUGUUCUGGGGCCAUAAGUCAUGGUAAGUCUACAUCUCAAGCCCCUGGUGUUACUUAGUAGGUCAUCUCCUGCUUUCUGCUGUCGUUGGGACCUCAUGGUCAAAGGUUUCAUCAUUCCUUCCUUGGCCUUCUUGCCACCUCUGUUGGCAUAAGCGAGGCUGUUGUACUCUGGUGGUGGAGCUGGUGUUCACGGGAACUUAUAAGGAGCCAAGAGAGCCUAAGCAAUCCAUGGAGUUUCCACGGGUUUUCACACUUCUUUCUUGUGAGUUUGCAUUUCUGUGGUCACCUCUGAAGAUCCUCUGUUCCCAACUUCUUGACUGAUUUUUCUCCUGCUUCCUCUUGAAUUCUAAACCUGAAACGAAGGAAUGGGCUUAGAGCAAGGGGUGCAGUUGGGGACAUCAGGAAUGGGCAACCUGGUGGGGCAACACUCCUUCUUUGACCUCCAGUCGGUUGCAGCACUUAUGUUUACCAGCAGCAAAGUCAUUGCAGUGCAAAUGCGCCACUGAAGAUUAUCUGCUGAUGCAUUUGCACCUAGCUGCCAUUCUCGCCCCUCCAGCAGCAAUAUGACUGUGAGCAGCCAUCUGCUGCUGGGUGACAUCCAGCUUUGGUCAGAAAGAACAGAAAUAGGUUCAUAUUGCAAGAUGAACUUGGUGGAUGGGCAUUUAAAUCCAGUUUUCAUCCAGAGGGUGCUUCCAGAAUGCAAAUUCAGAUCUCGCACACAGGACACUGGCAACAGGUGUUUCUUAUUUUUUUUUAUUUAAAAAAACUUAGCAUGGAAAAUGUAAAUCCUGAUUAAAUACAGACUGGUAUAUGGGAAAUACAGACUGGUAUAUGGCAUCAAAUGGCAUAAAUGCACAAUAGAUGCCUGUCCUUAAGGGUAACUUUCUGUCUAGGUCAGUGGCUCCCAAUUAGGGGUCCAGGAACCCCUGGGCGUCCAUGGAACGCACCCAGGGGGUCUGCAGUCCCGUCCCUUGCCUCCCCCCAACUAAAUUUUUGUCAUUUUUUUUGCAGGCUAAUAUCACAAAUUUUAUGGUCUGUUUUUAGUAUACCUAAAAUCCCUUGCUUAUUAGGGGCUACCCUACAUUUUGUUCGGAAAAAUUACUUUGUAGAGGUAACUGCCGCAGAGUAAUCAAAAUUGUCAAAAGUAGGGGGUCUGUGGUUUGGCUUUUGAAAAAUAGGGGGUCCUCAGUAAUUAGCUAAUUGGGAACCACUGGUCUAGGUCAUCACAGUAUUAUUAUUAUUAUUAUUAUUAUUAUUAUUGCUACUACUAUUAUUAUGAGCUGCAACAAAUUGUUGCAGUGUGCGGAGCACCUGUUCUUCUGCCAGCCAUGCCCUUUCCCAUUUCACCACUAGCCUCCAGAUCUGUAUUACACAAACGCAUACCAGAUAUUUAGCAUCCUGUACCCAAUGAGGAUGCUCAAUUCCUAUUGGGCCAAUUUUCGGUGCCCCAACCUACCCCUGCUUCAAGUGGGGUUGGUUACUUUUUUAAAAAAACUACUUCAAAUGUUCCCCCCAAGUCUUCCAAUACUUCCUUUUUAAUGCAUUCUGUGACAUUUGGGCUAUGUAAGGAUCACAACUUGCAGAAGCUUGAUGUAUGUGAUCUAUAAUGAUAAUUUUAUAAAUUAUUUAUCAAAAAGCAUUUCUCAUCCACCCAAAGGCACCAGGGUUGAAAUAUAUGCAGCCUACAACCAAAAUGAAACAAUAAGAUUAAAACAAAAUACAGUGGUACCUCGGAAGUCCGUUCGACUUCCAAAGCGUUCGGAAACCAAGGCACGGCUUCCAAUUGGCUGGAGGAGCAGCCAAUCGGAAGCCACGUCAAACGUUUGGGUUUCAAAGAACGUUUGCAAACCGGAACACUCACUUCCAGAUUUGCGGCUUUUGGGAGCCAAAACGUUCGACUCGCAAGGCGUUCGGGAUCCAAGGUACAACUGUGAAGCAAAAACCACAGACUCCGAUUGCCAAAUAAAUCUAGCAGCUGUAAAAGAAAUCCAAAUGUCCAAUAUGUCUCACCCAAGGACUGUGCCCAAGCCAGAGAGAAUGCAACAGGAACUGCUUUAGCUUGGAAGCCUUCUGAAAAAUCUGUCUCUUAUCGCUCUUCCUUUAAAUGUGCCGGCCCUUGAAAGGGUACCCCCCCCCGCCUGCAUUGGGGUGUCCACCAGGAUGACCUUUCUAAUGCCUCUCUUUGCCCUUGCAGCUUUAAAGAAUUUUGAUGGAGACCCACGUGACCGGAGGAAACCAUCGAGGCAACAGGGAGAGCCUUGCCGGAGGCGGUUGGUUUUGUUGCCCGCUCCCCUUGUUCACAGCGGGAGGAAUAAAUGAAGCUGCAACGGGAUGUGCUCCAGAAACAAAAGUGAACUCUCUUGCCAAACACCAGUCAAGCUGAUCACCAAGCUUCACACUUUUUUUAAAAAAGAAAAGAAAAUAAGAAUAAUAACUGACGGAAGGGAACAGGGGAACAUGAUGCCGUGGAACCAAAGGAGAAAAAGAAAAGCUGGCAUAUUUGAGAUCCGUGCCAUAUCCAAAGCAUCUCUUUUGUAUCGAUUGCCCUUUUGUUACUGCGAUUUUUUAUUAUUAAAAAUGGCACGGGACC